GUUUUAUUCGGUCGGCGACGUUUAGUAGCCGUAGUCACGUGCCCCUGGCCAUACUCCUGCUGUCCGCGGCAUACUACGGUCGUGCCUGUCUGUCAGCGCGCGCGUCACUGCACGUUCGUCCGUCUCUACGCAGACAGUCGGUAUUGUUUACUCGCACUCGCCCAGUGACAGCGCGAACGGGGCACGGCGAUUUUCCCGUCGUUAUUCGACGCGUCGCCCGCGCACUAACUAUCCCCGGGGUGACACAACCCGCGGACAUGGAACCGCGGCGGAUCCGGCACGGCCGUCCGGGCGACCCGCAGAGCACGGUGUCCAGGUGGAUGAUGGUGGUCUUUUUCAUGUCGAUGUACGUCUUGCAGAUCAUCGCCAAACACGGUAAUAUAAUCAUUUUAUUCACUAUACAAAAUAUGUCGUUUAUCCCGUCACGAUUGAUAUCGGGAUAUUUUUGUUUUUUUUUUUCUGCGUUUCUUUUCAAAGGCCCGAGGAAAAUUAAGCCGCGUCGUAUUUCGGAUAGUUUUUGAGUUAUUAUUAUUAUUUUGUUUUUUUACUGUCAGUAUGUUAUAUCGGUGCAGUCGCGUAGGUGCGGAGAGCACAAAACAAACAGCGGGCCCUAACAUUGGUAUAAAAUCGGUAAAAAUUGGUGAAAAAAAAAUAAACACGUUUAAAUAACUCGUUUCAUUCAUUUACAUGAAUAUAUUGUAUGCACGAAAAGUGCGUCCAACGAGUGAUGCCAUAACAACAAUAGCGUAAGCACCGCUUCACACAUAAUUUUCGAUCCAAAUCUAUGAAAAUUUGGAAUUUUCAUAAAAAAAAAAAUCGUUCUAAAAACAUAAUAUUCACUGUUUUGGCGCAACGGCGACGGAAUGUCCGUUGCGACGCCGCACGAGUCUCUCAAAAAAUGACGGAUCGACUGUCGUUUAUUCCGUCACGUCCGGCAUUAUACACGGGAAACGAGAAAAUUUUGUAUAAUUUUUCAUUAACUAAAAAAACUGACGGUAAAAAAAAAUAUGUAUAUAUAUAAUAUCCACGCUCGUGCAUUGUAAACAUUUUGUCUUGUUUUGUGUUCGGCGGCCAACAAUUUUGUUUGUACGACCGCUGUAGCUGUGCAAUAAAGAAGCUGUGUGUAUAGCGACCGCUGUAUAAUAGUUACAGAACGCGAACGCGUGUCCGUUAAAAUAACUGCGUUUUGCGUCUUCUCUUAAUUAAAAAAAAAAAAAAAAACCACCACGAACAUAAGAAUGUUCAAGUAUAAUAAUAAUGAUAAAACAAAUAAUUACGCGCCGUGUAUAUUGUAAUCACUACAAAUCGUAUAAGCUACGCGGUUUAAAGUAUUUUUUAUUAUAAUAUACGAGUUAAAUGUAUAACGAAAUUAUUAAAAAAAAAAAAAAAACUAAACAAACAAAUGUCCCUGCACAGUGGCGUAUUAUUCUUAAGUUUUGCUAAUUUCGGAAAAAAAAAAAAUUAAAAAUCAUCGCAUCAAAUGUUUUCAUAUCCAUAUGAAAUUGGUCCGAAAACGAUUUCCAGUUUAGGAGCGACAUUAGGGAGAUAAAUCUUGUGUUUCGACAAAUAGAUUUAUACUUGUAAAACUUAAAAAAAAAAAAACCCUCGAACACUAAACCCGGUACGCUCGUCGGAACUAUACGGACCGCUAAAAUAUUAUGAAGGAGGUUUAAUAUGAGCACCUAAAUAAACAACACGAACAUUAUAGAAAUGAAAAAAAAUUGUUCUUAGCCUUUUCAUCGUAAAGAUUAAAAAAAACAAAAAGAAACUAAUCUGUGUGCUGUAUGCGUUGUAUACAAUACAAUGUUCAAAUUCAAUAUCUCCUUAGUCUUAUAUACGGAACGUCCUAAGUGCACCACUGCAACGUCCAUUUCAUAGUGCCUUUAUAAUAAUUAUUUUUUUCCCCGGUACGUCCAUUUAAAUGCUAAACAAAUGUAUCCUCUCUGUGCGACUGCAAUUUACGGCGAAUCGACAGUGCGCCUCUGGUGCAGGAUUUGCAAAUAAGACGAUUCAAAACGUUUUCCGAUUAUAUUCCGUCCGUGUUGUGUACAGUGUGCGAACUAAAGUUAUAAAAUAUGCGAGAACAAACGCAAAGCCUCGUAGACACUUAUUACGGGCGGAAAAAAAAAGAAAUAACGUUCAAAAGAAUGAACACUGUAAUAAAUUUGAACUUCUAAAACGAAAAAGGAAAAAAAAAAAAAAAAUCAAAUAUCUGUCGGUGUUACAAUAUUAUAUCGCGAUUCCAAUAAAACGGCGAACACAUGUGUGUGCGUAUUGUAAACGCGUUUAUUCGACAGCAUCAAGCUGCAGUGAGAAAAUCAUUUCGCCGACGCAUACAAUUUUCCGGCGUACGCGUGUAAAUCGAUUGUGUCCGCGGGAUCGCGCCGUUUAGAGGCGGAAAACACGAAAAUAGCCCGACAAAAACCAAACGGGAAAAAACGAUAUGCGCUCUGAAAACCGUUUUUCUUUUCUCGCCAAACGGAUUUGUCGCCGACCACGCCGCGUGCCCGCCGCGUACGUAGUUGGGUACUGUUUUAAAUCUCCGGACGGAUAAUAUUGUCCCGUCAGUAUCACCGUAAAUGACCGCGGCGGAUUCGUUCGGAAUGGAGAAUUUUCCACGCAUUUUGUAUUCACGCGAUUCACCGCGGAGAGGCCGUGUCCGAAAUAUUUAACGGUACCCCGGGUGUAGGCGGGCGUUCUUCGUUGACCGCUGCAAUGAGAUCCGACGCGGGGUCAAACGUCCCCGGCAGCGACGCGUGUCGUGAUUUUCCUACCCCCGGUAAAAACUAUACUAAGUGGGGGUAGAUGCAAGUCUAACACGUUUAUCGCACGCGGCACACAAAACGAUCAUAGCCGACGACGAAUCAAUCGAAACCGUGAUCGGCGGUUUCCGCGUCUGCACGGACGUUAUUGUCGUUUCGGAGAUCACCGCGGCCCGACAACUACCGCUGACCGCGGUAACAUUGUCAUUAGUGCUCGCCCACGUUAUUAUAAUUUUGUGGCUUGGCGCAAGAAGGGCCAAUGUCAAUUUUUUUUUUUUUUUUUGAAAAAAUCAGUUGCAAAUGAAAAACAAAGAGAAACUGUUUUCUAUUUUCUGAAUAAAAACUGUUUUGGUAAAAAUUGAAAAUCACGCAAACAUUUAUAUUUAAUAGACUACACAGAGCCUUACGGAGAAAUAAAAUGUCAAAGCCAAUUUUACAACAAUCACAAAAUGUGACAUUGGUCCUUCUUACACCAAGCUCCAGAAUUAUACGCGUUUAGACUCGCCAAGAGCGAACACGUUGAAUAUGAUGGUCCAACGAUCGCGGGAAUCUACGAUCAAAAGGUAGUCGUCCGAGAGAGAAUAUUAUACAGUGGAACCUCGGUAUCAGUCGAAAUUCAAGGGAAAUGCAUAGUUUUCGAGUUGUCGAGGUUUUAGGAAAAAAAUUCUACUAGGACAGUUUUCAAAAUCUAUGUACAUAUUAGUUUUUGAUUAUUAAACAGGUAACACCUUUAUAUGUACGUAUUAUAAUUGCAGUGUGUAUUGUUAUGUUAUUUUAAAAUUGCGUUGUUAUAAAAAAAAAAAAAAGAAGGCCGUAAUAUAUUAUAUUUUAACUAAUACCUACAUUCCUUAUAUUUUCCCGUUUUUCUUGAGAAAAUCGAAAAAUGACACUUCCCUAAAGUAUCUCCCCACACCGAUUUCCUUUCAGUAAAAGUGCUACGCUUAAAAAUAUGAGCUGGUCUUCUGGUUAAAAAGUUGCGCAUGUAUGAAAAAAAAAAAUAAAAUAAAUAAUCAUCUUUAUAAAGAUCUUCUAUUAAUAAUAGUCUUCGCUACACUCAGAGUCUAAAAUUAUUAGAUUAAAUUACGGAAUACCGCAUAAGUCGGUUAGACAAAUGAUUAUAAAAAUUAUCCGUUCAUUAUCCGUCUGAGUUCGGAACAAAGAAUGAUCGAGAGUCAUUGAGGUUUCGCUGUCAUUUAUUAUAUGCGAAUUGAGACGAACAGAAAUGUCGCGAUGCAUUUAGGGGGCGGAGAGCGCCGUGGGAAUAACGGUAUAGCCGAGUGCGGGAUAAAGGAGAAGUAUGAAGAGAAUUGAAAUAAUGCGCGGGACGUGAUCGGUUCUUUCCCCGUACGUUUGGUACAAAAGAAGAAAUAAAAAAUCAAAAAAAAAAAAUCAAAGAACAUAACCCCGAAUUCACCGAUAUCGUUUCGUCCGGGGGGGAGGGGCCUUUGGCCCAUCUCCGUCCGCGCUCGUCCGUGUCAGAAAACUUAAUCGAAAAUAACCGUCGAUUUGUUACGCGAAACCGCUUGGGAAUAGGUCAGAGGCGAAACAUAUUUCCAUUUAUUCCGCGGAUUCCCGAAGAACUGCCCGAGGACCGUCGGAUACGUCCGGAGCCACGGAGGCGGAAUUGCCGACUGUACACAAUGGGCCAUCGCGAUUAAUCAUGCAAUAACCUUUUUUCACCCUCGUUUUAUCCGGACAAUACGUUUGAUCCGGCUUAAUUGUUUCAUCGUAUAUAGAAAACCGGCAUAAACGAUUUUAAUCAUUUUAAUCGCCAUAAUUACUUACCUUUUUUAAUCGUACUUGCUCAUUAUUAUCGUCAUUAUUAUUUUUUUGAAAUAAUCAACCUAAUUAACCGUGAUAUAUAAUUUUUAUUUUUACGAGUAUCGGUAGACGACAUUAUGAUUUCCAUCGUAAAAAAGGCGCCCACCGAAAGCGAUCACAUUUUUUUGUUUUUUUGUAUGUCACAGCAGCUAGUAAGUAUAAUAUGCACUUUAUUCAAACUAUGUGUCACUAGAGUCUGCCAGAUUGACCGAUCGGAAAACUGUAGCGAUAAAAGAUGGUUUUUAUUGAUUUCUGCAGUGAUAGUUUUUAUUGUGGCUACCAAGAAGAAAUAACCAGGACUGUGACCAUACCGGUUUACCGCUCCGAAUAGGUUUUUGGUCACAAUGGUUCGUCGUUCGUUGCUUUCAAGUACGGAUAUACUGAACGGUACCCUAUAAUAUUAUGGUGAAUUUUCGCAACUUCUCACCCAUACAAAAUAACAGUGCAGUGCACGGUGCGAGAGUAUGCCCGGGCUUUUAUUAUUUUUAACGGUACGACAACCGAACGAUACCUAACAUAGUUCAACGUCUAAAGUAUAAUGUUAAUAAUGAAUUAAUAAGGAAAUAUUAAAUCACUGUUGAUAAACUAGGCUGGGUAGGUACUUAAUACAGGAUGUACGCAUUUAUCGCGUAUGAAUAAAAAUGAAAAACGAGUCGUGGAGACUAUAAAAUAACAGUACCAUCGUUUAUACUCGUUAUACUGUAUUUGGGUUUUUAACGAGUCUAAUAAUAUGUGCGGCUGUAGCUAAUUUCUUUUAUUCGUUCGGGACAAAUCCGCGUUGUCAUACACACGUGUUUUUAAUCUUUUUAACGAAAAUUCUCUCGUUUUUUUUUUUAAUCGUGAAACUCGCGUAAACAAUAUUAAACGGAUAAUUUAUUGGUCGGUAACAACGGAAACGCAAUUAACACAAGUCCUAUAUCUCUCGUCGAGUUUAUACAUUUAUCGUCGAAAUUUUAAUACGAUACUCUGUAUAGUUUUGUAAUCGUCAAAUUUUCGACAACUAUUUUAAUAAUAUGCUUUAUAAUAAUAUUAUAUCUCCCGCCCCCGGCCAUUAUAAUUUUAAAACACGUCGUACACAGACUUUUGAAUUUCAAAUGCAGUACUAGAAUAGCGUAGCAUGUAUUUAAUUUUAAAUUUUCAAAGAGAAUAUUUUACUUCGAGAAACUCUGCGGUCGGCGUGUGCGGUAUUUACCUAUACAACAUUCCCGACCAUAACGCCGUGUAGGUAUACGUGUAUAGGUAGGUACCUAACUAUAUAAAACGACUUUGAACUUUAUUUUUUCAUCACACAACUACGGCGAUGUUAAAAGGAGAGAAUUGUUUUUUUUUUUUUUUUUACCAUACUCAUACGCCGCGAUUUUAACCUAAUUUUAUGCUAGAACUUAUAAGAGCCCGUCUAUAUUUCCGAAAAUCCCUUGCAGCAACUACACGUUGGUGAUAACGAUUGCGAACAAAAAAAUAAAAAAAAAAAGUGCGGAAAAAGCAGUUUAUUGCGAAACGUUGUCCUAUAUGCGACGGACGUGUUUAAUAUUUUAUUAUGUUCAAACCGAUCGUAUAUAUAAUCUCAUUGGCAUAAUAAAUGUAUAACCGCCAUAUCCUGUAGUGUGUGCUUUGCCAAAAUUGAAAUCGUGUUCCUAUACACACAGCUAUUUAUUUUAUAAAUAUUCACAUGCGUUGCAAAGGUUUUUUUUUUUUAUUUUUCUUUACCAACAUUCGAGAAAUAAAUAAAAUACCUAUAAACUUUAUAGUCGUUUAUUCAAACAACACGACAAAAAUAAUCUUUAGGCAUUCCGUUAGCCUAUAUAAUGCAUUAACGGUUGAAAUAUUUAACAGUCUAAUAUCCAACUGUAUAGUUGCGCGUAGUCAGUGCUGUGUACAAUGAUUGGGGGAGGGGGGUCAGGGGUUAUAAUGUUCUCUCCGCGGGCUCACGAAUACAACAGUUAUGACUUAUGAGUGUUUAUUUAGUAGUUUUACCUUUAAAUUAUAUAGUUUAACCAAGUUAAAUGGACGAAUACUUAAUUUAUUGAACAGAAAUGUUUUUUUUUUUUUGGGAACCGGCUUUUAAAUUCUCAUUGUUGGGUUGGGUAUACGGUUAAGAUUAUACGAUUUAUUCAUGAAUUAUUAUAAAUAUUAUUUACUACUUGCCUUUCCGUUGAAAAUUCCUGGGCACACCACCGUCCAUUAUAACAACAACUAUACUGUAGAGUCCUAUAUAAGUGGUUUAUUAUGAAGUCAGCAGCCGCAUAAAUAUUAUACUAAACGGACAAAUAAUACUGAACGACCCUUAAAAUAUGACAUUGUUAUUUACAGUGGCACCCAACCCUAUUACUAGGUGUAGCAGUUGCUACACUUUGGAAGCAAGGGGCGGGUGGGUUUAUAAUAACAUAAAAUAAUUAACUUGAAAUAUAUAUGCCUUUAUAAAACACAGAUUACAUUGGUUAACCUUAAUAUUUACUAAUAUUAUCAACUAAAAAUAUGAUACAGUUUAUUAAAUAAUAAUUUUAAGUUAAGGAGGUGGUGGGUGAGUGGGUAAAUUACGUUUUGCUGCAACUGACAAAUAUAUGUUGGGUGAAUGGUUUUAUGAAUCAUGGUGCAAUAUUAUUGGUAUAGGCAUGUAGAAAUUUGUUUUAAUUAAUUUUAAAUAUUUUCCGUGUUUAAUGUAGCGAUUUAUAGCUAAACAGACGUCCUAGAAUAAUGGGGAAGGGUGUAGUCACUGUUAUAAAUAAUUUAAUGUAUACCUGUAAGAAACAAUAAACCAUUGCUUACGAAAAAACGAUUAUGAGCAAAGUUCAGUUGAUAGUGAUGUUUUUUUUUAACUAUAUAUGUCAUAUUACGGUAAAAUACCUGAUUAAAUAGGCAUUAUGUAUGUAUUUUCUUUAAUUAUAUUUGUCUAAUAUUGUACUGAUUUUCCCAGUUUUUCUCAUUUGAUGGGAAAAACCUUGGGAAAAUCGAAAAAUUACCUCCCAAAGUACCUCUCCACGCUGAAUUAUUUUUAGAAAAUGUGCUACACAUAGAAAUCCGAGAAAUUUUUCUAGUAGAAAAAUUGCGCACAUAAAAAAAAAAUAAACAUCUUUGUAACAUUAUAAGCUUCUUCACUCCAAUCAAAAUCUAAAACUAAAUAAAAUAUGUUUUCAUCACGAAAUUCAUGGUAUAACCAAAUAGUAUUGCAUGGGUUAAUCGAUGAGAUGUGCUCUCUUAGCGUAUAAUAUUGUGGCUGUCAAGCUUCUGAUUUACUCUUCGAGUCGGUUUAAAUUUAGAAGUUGUUUUAUAUUAUAAAUUUGGACAAAUAUCACUUAUCUCUCGGCAUUAAGAAAUAAAAUAUAAGUAUAAUACGAUGUAAAUAUAAUAAAUAUAUAAGAACUAUACCCUCAAAAAAAAAAAAAUACCAAAUAUUGAAAUUUGAAUUUAAUAACGGUACGAAUUUAAUGUCAAUAUGACGACUCUGGACCAUCAUAAAAACAAGAUUAUCGAUUUUUUUUUACUUCAAAAUGUGAUUUACCCGACGGUGGUUUUGCCUUUUAUCCCUAAAUAUAUUUACUUCCAACGUGGUUUUUCAACCACUAAUGGUUUCAGGUUUUAGGUUAUCACGUAUUUCCUUGAAUCAAUAUUAGGUUUGGAAUUUGGACGAGUAGUUUUAGUACCCGGACCUUGAUAUUUUGGUCAUUAUUUUUUUUCAUCGCCCUGAGAGAGGUGAUUGAUAUUUCUAGAUAGAUAAAAGUUUAAUUAAUAGUCAAAAUAAUGACAAUGAUAAUAGUUUUCUUGUCCGUGACAACUAAAUUGUCAUCCACAUAACCGAGGUAACCCGUGAACAAACAAAAAUAAAUAAAUAAAAAAUUAGAUAUUCAUACCGAAAAUACCCGAAAAUCCCUAUUUUACCUUUUCGGGGUUUGAAUGUUCAAAUAUCCUUCUUUAGCGGAUGUCUACGUCAUAAUGUCUAUAUGUAUGCCGAAUUUCAGCUCGAUCCGUCCAGUGGUUUGGGCUAGGCUGACGAAUCAGUCAGCCAGGACACGUUAUUUCGUUGACUAUAAUAUAAUGUUAGUUACACGGUGAAAACUAAUUUUUUACCGUCCCAGGGCAGCAUAUACAAUUAUUAAUAUUUAUUGCGAUUGCAACACGCGUUAAAAGCUCUAUAACGCAGCGAAUCCCCUUUUAAAAUAAUACAAGUUCCGCUAAAGCUCUGGCGGACGUGAAAUUACACACCAUCACGACUAACGUGUAUUCUCACUUCCUCCUCACCCCGUCGUUCUUAAUUCAAUAUCGGGCGAGUCAGUAUGUGAGUUUAAAAACCAGUCGAGUGUCAAGUAGGCAUAUAUUAUUUGUACGGAUUUCACACACACACACAUACAUAGCUAAAUAGAAUAACGUUUAAAAUGAUUUCGCAGCCUUGACAACACCACACAUUGCUGCAGCAGAAUCCCUGGGAUCGCAUUAGCGCGUAUAAACCGGCAAUGUAUAAUACGGACUUCACAACAAACCACUCAGCCCCCUCGUCGCGAUAGCUUUUCAUCGUUUAACCAGAGGCCCGGACUAAACGAAUUGAUAAAUAAAAUAUUAUUGAAUUAAUAAAAACCGACAAAUGCACUCGUGUGAUGCAAAAAUCUUUUUUUUAAUUCAACCGAAUAAUAAUAAUAAAAAAAACCCACACAAAUUUAACACCAGCGGGAAACGAAUAAAUUGAAGGCUGUAUAUACCCACGACAAAAUUAAUAAACUUUCAACAAAGUCUCGAGUGUCAAAAUAUUAUGUAUGAUGUCACACAGUAUACUAUAUAAUAUUAUCUAUAGGGUGAUAUUUUUAUCCUGAUGAUCGGUUAUCAAGAAUUAUCGAUUUUAUUUUGGGCUCUUUUCCAGGCAUUAUAAUAGCGAAUAUUAACGAUCUUAUUUACAAUAAUCAAAAGAAAUAAGGUAACUUCCAAACAAUUCAGUAACGUUUGAAAAAAAAAAAAAAAAAACAAAAGCCAAAAUCAAAUAUCCCUAUAAUCCUACAAUAUAACUACUGUAUAGUUGUUGAUUCGUGAUGAAAGAAAUGCCCUGUAUUAUAUAUAAACUGAAUACUACUACAAUAGUACUUAGCAAAAAACCUGUACCCGAAUUUCGUUUUUCUGUAACGUAAUAAUUAUAAAGGUAUACCUUUAAUAUAAAGGUCUUAUACUGGAAUAAAGAAAAAAAACAAAAGGGGUUUUUUUUUUUGUUCGUUAGAAGGUUAAGCAUAUACAAUUAUUAUGUUUUUAAACAAUUGUUAUACCUAUCCUACCCCAAACACUUUAUAGAGAACAAUAAAUUAAAUUAACUUUGCGCUCGGGAAUAAAGAAUACUGUAGUGUAUAUACAACUUUUGCCUACUAAUAAUUUAUUGUUGUAAAAUGUGUGCAUUUGAAGAAAUAAUUUAAUAAUAUAUAAUAUUAUUAUAUUAUAAUUAGUAAACUCAUUGAAUUACGUUUUAAACUCUGAGUAAUGUAGCGCUGUUUUAAUACGAUACGUGCGUUUUUUUGUGGGAAAACUUUUUCGGUAAGUAAAAAUUCUCUAAACCGUCCACAAUAUACCUUAUUUUGGUAAGCUAACCUAACCUUACUUUUAAAAGGACAUAGUUUAUUUGAAACAUUUUUCAAAAUAUUCAACAGUUUCAAAAAUAAAAAAUAAAAACAAAACAAAAUCAAAUUAACCAACAACAAAAGACGAUACUUUGGUUAUAUUUUUCUUGAUUUCUAGGUAAAACGACUAUAUUAAAAAUGUAACUCUAUAAACAGGGUCGUAUUUUAUUUAGAUAUAUACCUACGAGUUUAAUAUCCAUAUCUUUUAUUUUAUCUAGAUAAAUGAAAAAUAAGCUAUUUAAGAUGAAUAAUUUAAUCAUCUAGAUAAACAAUUUAAAAUUGUAAUUAAUACACAUAUUUAUUAGCAUUUUUAAUUUAUAAUUAUGUGAUAAAAAAAAAGUGGUUAUCUUUCUAUUUAAUCACACAACCUUUUGAAAUCUAGAUGUUCACCAAAUCUGGUACGCCUUUAUUAUUUUUAGGACUUAGUUUAGUGAAAGGUAUGUACUGUAAUAUAUAGUAAACAAAAUGCUCUUUCUUUUUAUCUAGACACAAAUGUGCUGAUUAUUCAUCUAUAUCAAAAUAACCACACAGAACAUUGACUAUAAGUCCAGAAUCGUAUUUUUGAUUACAAUGCUUCAUUCGCAGCUUUCAGCCUAUAAUAUAUAAUAUAUUUAUUUAUGUAAACUAAAUUACCCUACAUCUUAAACCUACCUAUAUCUGCUCGAUUGUCCACUAAGUGUGGCCUACCCACGAUGCGAAGUAUGUCCGGCUAUUCGUAUGAUAAUAGAAAAUAGUAAUAUAUACAUGGCUCUAUAUUAUUAUUGUUAUAUAGACACAAUAAUAUAAUAAAUUAAUUCGAAGUAGGCCGUAUAGACAUUCAUUUUCCUAUACGACCGUAACGGAUUUUAUUGAUGAUCCGGAUUAGUAUAUUGUUUUCAAUCGUGAUAUACGAUAAUAGUAAUAUACGCACGCUAAUAUAAUAGUAUUAUGGCUUACUACAAAGUGCUAUUGGUGUCCGAUAAAUUGUAAUCUUCAUUUCGCGUUACAAUUUAUUAUUAUUUGAUAUUGAUACACCGAUUAUUAUUAUUAUUUUAUCGUAAAAUUUGUUUAAGUACCUAUGCGGUAUGCAUUUAUAUCGUAUGAAACAUAUAGUACGGCUAAUUGUGGAACUGGAAGACGGCUAUUAUGCGAGCCAAACACAAAAAUUUAACUAAAAACAACAAACAAAAAUUGCGAAUUUUCAAGUGUAAAUUUCUACAUUUCUAUAUUAUUAUAUAGGUAUUAAAAUUUAUUACCGGACUUUGACAAACUAUUUAACUUUUUUUUGUCUUACGAAGAACCUCAUAACCUCAGUCUUGAUAAGAAAUUUCUCAUAGCGUCUACACUUUCACAUGAACUAUUAUAAUAGUUAAAAUUAUACUAUAAAUAUAAUUUCCAACGUUCACUAUAAUAAGUUAAUUUUAACGGUCCAAGGUAAUUUAUUUAUUUGUAUCAAAAUCAUUUUCAAAUAUUGAAAACUGUCGUUUUUGUUAAAAAACAACCAUACCGUCUACAAAACGAAAAAAACAAAUUAGAUAUCACCAUUGGAUAUAUACGGCAUUCACUAUAUAAUAUUAUUUCACUUUUCAUGUUUUCCAACAUCAACGCGACACAUGUGAAAUCAUUAUGCAAUUAUGUAUAUAAGGUAAAAUUAUCGUUUGUUCAUUAUAAAGAAAUACUCACCACUUUUUAGAUUUUGAACAAAGCGAGAGCUGUAUUGAUUUUGCUCGUAUAAUGUGUUUAUAAACAAUUUUUUUUUUUACCAGUCGUCUUGCUCCAACCAAUAAUUUUAUAGGGAUUUUCUUGUAGUUUUUUUUAUCUAAUUGGUGCGUCAAAGAUGCCAUUUUUUUGGUAUUCUUAGUAGUUUUCUCACUAAAUGGGAAAAACGGGCAAUUUUUUGUAUAUAUUUUUUUGAUUUCUGAGCAACACCAAAAAAAGUAUGACUAAUAAUACUCAGCUCAGAACCGUUUUUUUCCCAACUCCCCUCCUAAAACAGUGACGCACCUAUCAGCAGUAUCAACUUUUUUUUGGCCUUGGGUUAAUACAAGUCAAUUAACGUCUGGACUCUCUUCUUAUAUUCGGUUUAUUUCAAUUUGCAGUAUCCUCUCACGUAUAGAUUAAAUAUUUCAAUUAAGAAUCUCUGCACCAACGAAAACGUGUAUAUCAUUAUUAAUUUGUCCUCUGUAUGUUAAUAAUAAUAUUCUAUUCAAUCAACAUUGCACUAGAUCAUAUUAAAUUAUUUGCAUCCCGUUUUUUUUCUAUAUAUUUUCAUUGUUGCACAUCGCUCCGCCGUCGCCAGCUAUAAUCGUAUGUAUUAUAAUAUCUUUAGAUUAUAAUCGACACAUCCUUCCGUGUAUAGUGUUCGGUAUGUCUAGUUGUUUUGUCAUUCAAUUUCACACUGAUCUCGUUUCAUUCACGCCAUUGACUAGUUUAUUUUUCAUCAUUUUUCUUUUUUUUUUUUUUCAUAAACUAUAUUAUCUAUUCGAGCAUUCAUGUGAUUUAUGCGACUACGCAGUGUACGGGAUCUCUAUACCUAAGCAUAAUUUAUGUUUAAGAAUCCAUAAUAAUAUUAUAACGAACCGUGAAAGCCAACAAAAAUUAUUUUCUUCAUAUCUAAUAUUAUAUAUUACGUUCGACGCAGUGCAUCAUUCAUCAUUCGAAGAAGAUGCGGAAUAGAAGGGAAAAAGUAAAAGAAUAUUCGGCGAAGACGGCAUACUUCCAACGGAUGCCGGCAAUUGUUUGAAUUUUGUUUUUGUAUACGCAUUCUACGCAGUAUAUUUGGUGGAUCUUAUCUGCAGAUAUCAAAAUAUCGUAAAGUUUUGUUAAAAAAAAAAAAAAAAAAAUAAAUUUCUAAGAUAUCUGUUGUUUUUUAGCGGGAACUUAAAAAAAAAAUUACCGGAAAAAAUAAUUCUAACGUAAAAAAAAAAAAAUACCCUUUUGUAGUUUUUGUCGGUAUAAUAAUUCAAAAAAAUAACUUAACAUAGAAUUCCAAAACGGUCGAACAACAUUUUAAAAUUUUAAACGAGAGUAUAGGUGAAACGUUAUAGACACGAGCAAAUACUGAUUAUACGUCCGUCUUACUGUUUAGAAAAGAAAUAGGCAAUAUUAUUAUCAUUGUAAUAUUGUCUCACGUUUCUAUUAUUUUUCAUAUAUAUAUAUAUACAUUACAACGAGUUUCGAAUCCGUAAUUGCGAUACACAAUCAUCCACUGAUACGAUUAAAAUAUUAUACGAUGCAUACGAGUUCCAAACGAGUAAACAAAAAAAAAGUAACUGUUCGCGAUAUCUCGGAGAGAAAUACUGGUUGACCAAUGUAUGUAAUUGAAACGUAUACGAGAAAUAAAAAUACUCGUGUAAAUACAAUACAUCGUAACAGUAAAAUAAAAAGCCGGCCAUAGAUCGUGUCAUGACCGAAGCCACUGUUGUAGGCGGAAAAUUAUAGACAGGUGUGUAGGAUAUUGAUGGUAAUUUAAUUACUGAAAGUGACGAUACGUCAUUGCAAUUAAAAAACGAUACUGAACGGAGUUCGGUAAACCAGUUUGGUUAUGUUCAUCGUGUUUUUUUCUAUCCUACAUGAAUAUAGCCGAGGUAAGCCGGAAACAAACAAAAAUAAAACCAACGUAAACCGUCGUUAUUGUCGUCGUCACGUCGUUUUAAAAUUUAAAAACAAAUUAUCGAACGACACAACUUAACUCCGCCGGUGCAAAAAGCCGGACCGUAUUCCAAAAGCCGCGUAUACAUUUUAACCCUAAGGACCACUGUUUUUUUUUUUUUUUUUUUUUUUUUUUUUUUCACCGGUACAUUACCCCCCGCCCGCUGUAUCGCUAACGCAGUAGAUGCGAUAACAGUAACGAUACGGUAGAGCACAAGAAUCGGUAUAAUUUCGACCGUUUGCCAAACUCAGCAGAAUUUGUUAUACGGACCUGGGGGUAACCGAUUGUAUGUGAUUAUGUGAGAACGGUCGUUAUUUCAAGAAUAUUAUUUAACCGUUCCCAGUAUAAUAUUCCGUACUGCGCAGGCAACACUGUGUCGUCUGGGCGGCUUGUAUUGAAUUUGUCACGCGCCGCAGACUUCGCCUUCGCCGUCACUGCCGGGGCCUGCAGAUGACGACGAUAAUAAUAACGUCUUAUAUAACUACUAAAUCGUAUUAUUAUUUUCCUUUUGUCUACGCUUUCGUGUCCGCGAGCUCAUUCGUGUACGCUCGUCUAUUUUUAGACCAAGUCCCGUCGUCGUCGGUCGAUAGCUCACGAGGGCCCACGCCAUCGCCGCGGAGGGAGCGCGAAACUUUACCACGUUUAGAGUUCGAAAUUGCAUUAAUAUGUUGAAACCCUUGCGUUUUUCAAACAUUAUUUAUGUAUGAUAUUUUCUUCAGCCAGCCACGCAGCUAACGCAUAGGGGACUUACAAAGGGAAUAUCCAAUAUAAAAUCGACGGGAAUUAAAAAUGCAAGUCGAAAAACCUCGUACAUUUAUUACAUUUUUAACGUGGGUCGUUGCCAUUUGAAAAUCAAAAGCGGAUAAUGUUUUCGCCGCCAAACACAAGGGUGACGAGAAAAACGGUAAUGUAAUAUUCCAGAGCCGAUUGUCUCUCAAAAUUAAAGAAUAAAAUCAAAAAAAAAAUCAAUAGUUUCCGAGGUGUAACGGUAUGUUUUUACGUUAUACUGAUCACUCUGUAAGUAGGCGUCUCACAUAUUUAGAGUUAAAAUAAAUCAUUUUCCAAGUUAUUAUACGAGAGUAAGUAUAUACUCUCCCCGAAAAACUUACAGUGUAUAUAAGUAUACGUAUUAUUUUCCGACACUGGCGUUGGUGGCGCAAUAUAAUCAUAAAUAAUAAUAUUGCAGGGUACGGGGAUGAAAGAUAUUGUUUAACUCUCGUAAUUGUUAAACGUUAUCUUGUGCUGUGCAUAAUAUACCUCGGGUACCUUUAUUAUGUUCAGCGAGAAUGCCACGUCGUUGUGUUAUUUAUUAUUAUUAUUAUUAUUAUUAUCAUUAUCGAAUAUCGCUAUAAUAAUAUAGCGUAGACAGAAGAAUUCGCUGCGGCAGAGUCGGUUAAAACGAGAACGGAAUAUUUCAAUAAAAUCGCGCGUUUAUUGAAAUAACGUCGCGCGAAGAAUGCCUAUUUUACCGUAUAAUAAAUAUUAUAGACACCUGCCUAUCGGAAGAGAUCAAAUUAACGGCGAGAAAUACCGCCGUGUUGCACGUAUUCCGCAGAUAUUCCGCAAACCGUGACUGAAAAAAACGCGGGCUCCAUGUCGGCUGAAAAUUCAUUUCUGCUAUUCCGGACCCCGUUUACGGCAAUAAUUAUUCUAUAAUGGUAUCACGCGGAAUAAACAAUAAAACAUUGCCUGACAAAAUUUCCCCGUCUGAAUUUUUGCCAGGCACACGCCGCUAGACAGCUUGGCGACGAAAACUCCUAGGUAGAGUAUCGCGAAGACCGGAAGUCGAAAAUUCCGUCGUUAAUUGAUUAUAUUUAAAAAUACGUUUAAUCUAAUUAAAAACGGCGUUGAAUGUACCGCGAUAAUACUUCAUGCCUAGAAAGCCUACACGAGAAUAGAGUGGCCACCGGUUCUUAUCGGUUUAUUAAUUAUAGAAAAAAAAAAAAAAAAAAACAGAUAGAAACGAUAAAACAUUUUAAAAUUAAUUUUAAUUAGGUAGAGUAAUGGUUGGAGACGGUAUUGACUAGACGCACAGUUUAUCUAGUCGUCCCCUAAGUCGCUACAAUCGGUCGGCGCUAUACGUUACUCAAAAUCGGUGGGUCAUGAGUGUACAAAUCGAGACAGCUCCUAAACGUUUUAUAAAAAGUAUUCUCGGGGCACACAGUAACCGUAUUUCCAUUGUAUUAUACGCGGUGUCGAGUAAUUGGAAUUGGAAUUUCGAAGCACGUCAGCGCAUUAGACACAACGAAUUUUGACACGACACACACACACAUAUAUAUAUAUAUGUAUUUUUUUUUAUUAUUUUUUUAAAUAAGUUUCGCUUUCGGCGCGUACAUUGCUCAUCACACACACACACACGCACACACACAUCCGGUCAAACGCUGUUCCGUCCGCGAAACGGCGAUGCAUUGCCCGAUAAAGCGAUGCCGACCGACGAUCGUUUCCUCUGCGGCGGAUCGGGCCGGCAGCCGAGUUCGGGACCGCAUGCCUACGGAUAAGAGAGGCCGCCUCUUAUCCGUUGUUACGCACCACGUCAAUUCGCGCGCAAAUCGCGUCGCCGCGCGUCAGUGAGAAACGGUCGUCCGCGGGGCAACGCCGGCGGGCCGGGGCGGGACGGGGUGGGGGUCGAUCGGACCGCGUUAUCGCACCGGGCGGGCCACUCUACCCGGGGCGCGCGCCGCGCUCGGUGUCCGGUGGGGGGAUGGGGGGGGGUGAGAUUUUCAAUUAAUAUUUCGGCCCGCGUCGCCCCCCCACCGCCACCACCACCACCACCACCGCCGCCACCUCCCCCGCGGCAUAAAAUAUUGUGUACCGUUCGAGCGCGGGCGGCGUUAUCGGUUCCGACGCGCGUUAAUAAUAAUAUUCUAAUUACCGGCGUUAUACGCAUACACGGCUAACCCGUACACGGCGAUACACGCGUAUACCGCGGCGAAGACGUGCCGAGAAGCGAACAAUAAAGGGAUAAUUUAUGUGGGUGUUUCGGAAGGGUACCGCUCGCGCCGCCGUUUUCACCUGGCCAAACCGGCGAGAGUUAAUACUGAUAAUUGUUUGUGAACUAUUAUUCCGUAUAAAAUAUACAAUAAUGAUAAUAAUGAUAAUAAUGAUAAUAAUGAUAAUAAUGAUAAUAAUAAUGACGAUAAUACAAUGCAGGCGCCCGUUUUUUGAACGGUGCUCGGUACACGCGUACGAAACGCGUGGCCGGAGGUCGUGUAUAAUAAUAACGUGUACGCGCGCUCUUGAAUAUCCCGCGGCGGCCGCCGACUUACGCGCGGUGUUUGUAACAAUAACAAUAUUAACGUCUGAUAAUACGUGCCGGUGUACUGCAUUUACAGCGAUAUUAUAAUAAUAAUAAUAAUAAUACCUAUACUUUGCAGUGUACAUUGCGAUGUUAUUGUUACUUAGCGGAAUAUUCGGCAACUUUAACAAACUAAUACGCGCUAUACGUUACGAUAACGAACUCGGCGCCGCCGCUAUUUAAUUUAAUAUUUUCGUUCGAGUUUAUACCGGUUAUUAUUAUAUUUGUUAGAACAAUAGUUUUAAAGUUUCAACAUCGGCAAAGUCUCGACCUGUACACUACGAUAUUUUAGUCGCGUAUUAAAAAUAACGCGCGAGUACGCGAGGUUCGCGUAUUCGACGUGCACGCGGAACACAGGCGCAGAAUGGGGCGGGGGUUGGGGGGGGGGCCAACGGGGCUAAACCGCGCCCGUGCACCCACACGGCGUUCGGGAAACGAUAACGGUUUAUACAUAUUUCGAAUUGGGUUAAAUAAUAAAUAUUUUGCUAAUGAUAUUGUGUAAAUAUUGUGUAACGAAAUAUUCUGUUAUAUGAUAUUUUACAAAAACGUUUUCUAAAUAUUCGUACAACGUAUCCAAGAAAAUAUGAAAAUUAAAAGUUUUAGAAAUAUAUGGGUUUAAAUUGUUCGUUGAAUGUUAUUCUAAAAAUGUUUUCCAAACACGAACUAUUUGGGCGGAAAAUAUUUCGAUAACGUUUACACCAUUGUUUAACAACAAUCGAAAAUAUUUUGACAACUAUAAAAUUUUCCCAAAAAUAUUUCGUUCAGAUUAUGGAAAUAUUUUUUUGCCGUGUGGGCACUUUUCGCGAAAAAAAAAAAAAAGGGUAACCGGAUAACCGUUUAUUGCGUGCUCGUUUUCGGGGAAGCCGUAAGAAAUGUUCAGAGGGUUUUAGAAGAGAUUUCGAGAAGUAUAGCCUUCUUAGCUCCUCCCUCCCACCCGCUCAUCCUUCACUUAUGACGCGUAACGGUGUAUUGAAUCGUGAAGUAAUUUUAAACACACGUAUAGAUCGGACGGUCGGCCGACGGUUUGUUCGAUUGUUCGGUUCGACUGUCCGUGCGUGUACUUCAUUAGACUAGCAGAUUAGAAAUCCGGUGUAUUUAGAUGUUCUUCGAAACCUCCAGUAUACGUCCGGUAGGUAAUCCGAUUGCCUCUCGAUGGAUACCACGGACAAUGAAUUAUAGAAAAAUAAUCUAUUGUCAGAUAAAGUAGAAACUUUACAAACGUAAUAAUAUAUGGGCGGUUAAUGUUAUGUAGAUUCUAAACGGAGUGUGUAAGAACCAUAUUGGUUUUACAAACGAUUUUGCCUUCCUUACGGUGACCGUUUUUUCUUGUUCGUAAAAAUCUUCCGACAUUUUCGCACCGGCCAUUAGACGUCUAAAUAUAAUUGUCCAGAUUCUCAACACGUUUGUUUCGCGGAGUUCGUUAAAAUGUAACGUACAGCGACACAUUGUAAUAAUUGGCCGUCGGACGCGUUAGUCGCUUAAAAUAGUUCCGCCGACACGAUUUUUGUUUUUUUUUUUUUUGUUUUAGUGAACGAAUAAAACGGCCGCGAGCGUAGCGUAGAACUCGGUGUUUGGAAAAUAACUUUUGCAGAGAAAUGCGUUACCGCGUUUGAAAAAGUAACGGAUUUCCAUGUGUUGUCACCUCCUCGUUUUCGUAACGACCGCGUACCGAAUUCGCAUUCGUCGAAAUUCGGAGCGAAAUGUGUAUCACGCGUAUCACGUUACAUACGCGUACGUAAAUUACAUUUUGUCCUUAUGGAGUUCUAUCGUUCGCGUUCGACGUAAAACCGACGAAUCCGCGUUCGCCGUUCCGUAUAAAAUCGCGUUCGUGAUCACGUUCGUUUCCACGCGUAUGGAACGCAAUUUUUUUUUCGCCGAUGAAAUCGCCGUUUCGGACGUGCGCUCGCAGACGGCCGCAGGGUUUAUAAUUCGAUCGCCGGGUCCGGGGCCCCGCCGCACGCGAGACGUGCCGCGUGUACGUCGGGGGAAAAUCGAAUUAUCCGUCUCCCGUUUUGUCGUUCGUUUAAAGUCCGCGGCGUCUUAAACGCGGACGCCGGAUCCGCGUUGGCAGACCCCCUAUAUGUUACACGCGGCGGCGGCGCGAGCGAACUAAAUAUAACCGAAUUAACGCGCUCAGCUCUUCUGUUUCACGGCCGACUGCGCGUUGUAAUAAUAUAUUCGCGGAUAUUAUGUUAUAAGGUAAGACGCGAAAUUCGCCGCCGCCGCCGGACUUUCGAACAUAAUUUUAGACGGUAUAAAUAAUUAUGUGUACGGACGACGCGAGAGCUUUUCGUAUGGUAUCCACGCGAUACGGGCGUCGGCUUUUACGGGAUCGCCGAAUUCGGUCCCCGGGGAUGGGCGGGGGAACGGCGGAGAAAAGGCCGAAACUUUCGGGUCCGUCCACGUGUAAUCUAAUGACCGCGACCUAACUCUCGUCCCGUCCCCUACCCUCCGGCCACUCGCCGUACGCGACAACGUACGAUAUGACGACGAUAAGGCUUCGUCGAGGGGAAACGACGCGGCGGCGGCGGGGACAUCAUCGCCGCCGCGCCGCGGAGACCGCACAAUUUUCGACCUCUCCGGGCCGACCCGGCGGACCGCGACCGACGGCGACGCAGUCUGAUUUCCGACUUACGGGACCGUGUCACGCUGCAGCGCUAUAGGUAUAACGAUAUUCUGUAUACCCAGGAGGUACUGUACUGCCGCCCGCCUAUUAUACGACGCAGGUAUAAUAACGUACGUACGUACGUACGUUCGUUCGUUCGUUUUUUUUUUUUUUUUUUUACCUCUCUCUAUACGCGCAAUAUACGCGCACACAACGAAUGUACGCGUACGAUGUGUACUAUGCGUCGGCCCGGUGUUGUUGUUAUUAUAUUUUCGCGGUUUGAUGACGACGUCCCGCAGCCGGCGCGGAACGCCGUCUCCAACAACCCGUAACGCGCGCGCGAUACGUGGCCGGCCCCUCUUAUCUGCCCGGGCCGCCGGUAACCGUGUCGCCAACGCCGGCCGACAGCGUACGCGCGCAGACAAUAAUAGUCGAAAUGUAAUAUUUUUCACGAACAUCCGUCUCUCCGGGUCCCUUUCCGAUCGUUCCAUUUUCGUAAUGCAUUAUUUCGCCUAUACCGUACGCAUACGUUAUACAGGGUGUCGCGCGGUGGCGGUUCGUCAGAUGCGACAGCGCCUCGUCUACGGUUUCCUUAGCUUAUAGGCCCGGCAACGGCUUCAUAAUAUGUGCUCAAAAUUCACAGAAAAGCGCUCGAAAACGCCAUAAAAAUAUUUAAAAGUACAAUAGGGGUUCAAAAGGUUCCCCAUCUAUUGUUCCUAACGUGUACAUAAUAAUUUUUUUACACUAACAGAAAAACAAUUGUUAUAAAGUAAUUGCCUUUAAAUAUAUUUGUACGUGUUGUAUACAUAUUAGAAAAGAAAAAAUGCUUUGCGUUAAUCAUUUGUCAGUGUGAACAAAUGUUAUUCAAUAGGUUCAGAACCGUUAGAAUGGUGACUUUAAAAAACCCAUUACGGCUUUUGCUUUUUUGACAAUUUAUAGCUUAUUUAUAACCCGUUACAGCCUGUAAAAAUACACGUACCAACGUUUUUAUUUCAAUGUUGGUAAAUACCGUCUUUGAAUAUUUUUAAACGAAUUUCGUUUGAAUUAUAGUAUAGGUAUUGAAAACUAUUACCCGCAUUGAAUAUUUUUAAAUUCAAAAUAAUUAUUGUUAACUGAAGUCUAUACUGAACAAAAUAACUGUUGAACAACGAUAAAAUUACUUCGUUUUCUGUUUCCGAUGGUUUUUAUAUUCGUUUCUCCGUAUAUAUUAUUACACCUCUACACCCCUUGUCUCGCCACUUACAAGGCUCACGAGCCACCGCUUUUUAUGUAUGUGUCCCGGUUUUAUAUCGAUGUAAAUUAACAAAAAACGUGUGGCCUGCUCAUGUUGCGAAAUACGGCUUUUACAGUAAUUGAAAUAUGUAUUUUAUAUUCGUUUCAAUAAAGUUAUACUACAGUACAAAAAAUGAAAAUACUUUUAUCAUAAUGUAUUAUAAAAGCAUUUUCAUUUUCACUUUUUUAUGAAUGUUCAAACAUUUUCCAACGUUAUUACAUAAGUAACUAUUACAAUAUUUGCGUACCAUUGUAGUGGCUCCUAUUAUCCUUUAAUCGUUUGAGAUAAAAUUCAAAUAAAAAAAAAAAAACAAACCAUAGAGUUUACUACGAAGAGACACAAUAAUUACUAAACAAGUAAAAUUGACGAGCAACAGUUUUAUCAUCUGUGGCACAUUGUCAGUAAUACCGACCAUUGCAAUACCAGUACAUCACACAAUUAUAAAUAAAUAAAUAAAAAAAAAAAAACAAUUUUCAUUUUUCAGACUAUUUCAGCAAAACAAAAUUAAAAACUGUCAAACUUACAUCCUUAGUCCCAGUCAUAUAGAUUUAUAAAACUAAGAUAGUCGAUGUAGCCAGUUACACAUCAUAUUUGAGUCCCAUAAGACAUAGUAUAAAGUCAGCAGUCAUAAUAUACUGUUAAUGGCUACUAAGGGGCGAAAUUGAACUAAUUAACCCGUGAAUUGUUCUAUAUCACGACAAUAUAAAAAUUAUUUGUGAUUAAUUUAAAUGUUUUUCACGGCGUACACUUCAAUUAUUGAUUCGUGGACAAAUAAAUACAAUUCGCCUUUUCGGUGUAAGGUCGUCGAACAUCAGAUUUACUUAUAAUAGUCGGCUAUCUUGUCAUUUUAUAUAUCUGUAUGGUCCUAGUUGCACACUUUUUAUUAAACAAUAUUUUCAGAUCCCAGGAGCGUAGCGAUAAGAGAUUAAUAUAUUAAAGUUCAUAAUAUUAUGAUAUUAGUUUUUACUACCUCCGGAAACAAAUAUAUCAGUUAACAUGAGAAUAUAAACAAGCGGCUAGAGGCGAUCAAACAAAGGGGAAUGAAGGGAUAUACCACGCUCCCCAGGAUUUCAUUUUCUUUCAAUAUUAAUAAUAAUACUGCUUCCGGCGGUACUUUAUUCGGAACGUUUUACAUUAAAAAGAAAAAAAAUCUGCUGCACGACUACACAUUUUGCGAGUUUUCGACAAAUUUAAAAAUAGGUUUUUAUUUUAUCUCGAGUUAAAGGUUUCCGACGGUUCUCGUUAAAACUAUGCUUUUCGUAUUGCGUGUUUGAAGAAAAUAUAUUCACUUGCCGGACACGCGGUUAUAGACACCCUGUAUUUUAUUGUUGUACGCCAUAUUUCGUUGUAUAAUGCCCACAGUACCGUGAUGGCCAACUACUGCGCGAUUAAAACUCAUCGUCGGAAACAUAUUUACAACGAUUGUUAUUUUUUUCUCCGCGUCCGUACAAUAUUGCGUACAAACCGCGCCGUACGCUAAUAUCGUACACGGAAAAUCGCGCCACGAAUGAAAAAUAUCAUUUAUAAUUAACCACGACCGCCUAUCCGUUAUUCGAAAUCUUAAAAUAAACCAGACGGUCACCCUCUGUAGUCUACGCUAUAAUACGGAAUAUACGAUUUUUUAGUCGAAUAUUAUGGCGUUAGUAGUGUUUUACGUCUGCGCGGCGUAACUCUGUGAAAUUUAUACAAUUUCGUCGUGUGCCGAUGAGACCCCGUCAAAUUAGGCUCGUAUUGGCAAUAAUAAUAAUUCACAACGCGGAAUAGAGACUAUAAAUCUGGACGGAUAUCGCGGGCACGUUUACACCGUCGUCCGAGAUUAAUUAUUAUAAUACAAUAAUAUGAUCCACUCGUAUACCAUAAAUCGGAACCGACUUCUAGUUGUGAUUGUAUUCCUUUCAAUGUACCCCACUUUUGUAGUGUCUGGAUAUCGAUGCAGAGUGCAUUGUUUUCGCAGUCUAAUUAACAACGGCCGUACAUCAAAAUGGCCAGAGAAACAUUUGGCGAAUAAAAAAUUUACUAGCGCAUUCAUCUAAUCGUAUUAAAAUUAUAUUUUUAGUUACUGUCUACUGCGAUUCGGAUAUGAUUAAUGAUGGUUUUGAUAAAUGUAAACAAUUGUACGUAAAAAUGGCUAAAUCGAAAAUGUCAAAUUGUUCCGCCAAGCUAUUUGUUUUUUUUCCCGGUAGUUUCGGCGUACGGUCAUUAUUACUGACUGCCAUUUUUUUAUUUUUUUUUUUUUUUUUUUUUAGACAGAGGUAAUCUAAAACAAUGCUUUUCAAGUACAUAAUUUAAUUUAUACGAAAAUUGCAUACGCAAACUCGGGAACCUUAUUUUACAGGCAACCCUAUCUAACGGUUACUUUUAAAGUGAAACUUUUAUUUUUCAUUUUUUUCCAUUUUUAAAUAUGUUAUGCAUUUUUUCUUAUUUAUUUACGCCAAUAAAUUUACGUCAAUACCUCAAAAGAUGUCGCUUUUUUGUCUAAUGUUACUUUAUUUGGGAUAUUUCGUGACUUUUUCAGCAAUUUAGAUCCUUUUUUAUGUUUUUUAUUAAUUUUUGUUGAAUUUUUAGUUACUUUGGCAACAAGGGAAAAACACUAUAUUUAAAAUCAUUUAAUUCGCAAUGUAUAAUCGUUGUACUCAGUAUAUAAACUACAUUACUGUAUCAACUUUUGAUACUGUUUUUUGCAGUUUUUAAUUGCAUAUUAUCAUACACUAUACAAACCAACGCUUUAAAUUUAGGUAAUUCAAUAAAUUACAUCGAGAAAUUUUGUUUUGUUGAAAAUUUGUUUUUACAUGUUUUAAAUAAUAUUUAAUCAAUCCUGUAGAUUGUCGAUUUCCUUGGGUUUUCGAUUUUUGUAACGUCUUAAUCGUUUUCUAUAUCAACGACUAUGAUGUGUUACCCGGGUUCAAACAAAUAACUGCAACUACAAAAUUGGAACUUUUAUUUUGUAUUUUUUGCAGUUUUUCGCUUUUAGAGGAAAUUGUGAAACAUUUGUAUGGAUAUUGUUUCAUAUUUUUUAGGGAAUUUUCGAUUAGGAAGUAUUUAUUUAGAACAUUUUUCGAUAGUUUUUAUGGCAUAUCAGUCUUAUACAGUUACAAGUAAAUUGAGAGUGCAACAAUUAUGGGUUUAUUGAUUUUUAGACGAAUAUAUAUUUUGUGUAUAUAGUGAAUAUUAUUACAGAAACUCUGCAACUCUGCGUCUACUUCAAAAGUUUAAACUAAAACUAACUUCGAAAAGCAGCCCGCGGUAAAGAAGAGUACUACCGUAAAACGCCACUUGCAUACAUAAUGAUAAUAUCGUAAUAAUAUUAUACAUUAUUGUCGUCGGUUCCCGGUUGAACUGUUAGUGAAAUAUGUAUAUUACAUAUUCACAUAUCCAAAUGUGUUUCAGAGGGUAAAACUUGUAAAACAAAGUACCCUAGUAGAAAUACUAGAAAUUAGUUAGAAAAAAAAAAAAAAAAACAAAAAUAUGCAUUCACUCUAAUAGUUUUCGUAUAUUGUCGAUGAGAAUCCGAACGAAGGAAAGCAAUUAUACAUCAAAUUACAAUUUUAUACACAAUUGAGUAUCGAAUAGUGUUUAAAUUUAUUGUAGGUUUAAAUGCAUGUUAUAGAGUAUCAAAUAAACUUUUUGAAAAUGUUCGCCUAUACCACUCUCGCUGAAAUAGACAGUCCCAAGGAAAAUCGCUGCACAGCUAUUACAGUUAUCAAUAAUAACUAUCAUAGUUUUGAAUUCUGAGUGUGUUAUAGCUGUUCGUUUUACACUAAGAUUAAAAUAAUUUAUAUCGGUACGCGGCCGAAAAAUUGAUGUUCAUAACAGAGCAUUGUUGACGUAUUUUUUCCCUUGUUGCCAAGGCAACCGAGAAAUGGUCAGUUUUCCCAUUUAUUAAGUAGACUACGAGGAAAAUCAAAAGAUGACCGCCUCGACGCAUCUACCAGAUCGAUAAUGUUACAAGAAAGAGUUCCAAUAAAGUUUUCGAUUGAAGCCAGAUUCCCGACAGAAUAGUUGUUUCCAGACGAAAAAAAAAAAAAAAAAAUUAAAAACCCAAAUCAAUGUAGUGGAACCAAUAUGGAUUCCUCGCUGCGUCCGGAGCCCGAGAAAAAAUUACGGAUAUUCAUUUCGAUCGGAAACAAUACGGUUGUUAUUGCGAAAACAAUGGCGCCGGUCCGCAACGCGCGUUAUUAUUACAGCCCUGCGAUAUUGCAUUACGCUCGUGUUUAUCACGCGACUGUCCCGGGCGUCCGACGGUACUGACGGUCGUCGCGAGUUACUAUUCAUGCCGUUGUUGUUGUUGUUGUUGUUGUUGUGCAAAAAGCGUCGUGCCGUUGUCGACAGGGGAACAUUCGGUCGCAGCGUUCUGCCGGUGGCGCGCCGCACGUCCGCCGCGGCGGGGAUGGCCAAGCGGAGGGCGGCCGCAUCGUCGGCCCCUUGCGGACCCGUUCGCGGGCGGCGUCGCGACAAUAAUUGCAAUUAUCGCGCGCGCGCCGAACGAACAACAACGCGCCAUCGGGCGAUGAUACGGUCGCGGUCCGGCGUCGCCGUGCCCUAUCGCGGCGCACGGGAAUUCCCUCGAACGGACGCCGCGUCCGAGAGACCGCAUCCGUCUCGCGCGGGCGUUUCCGGCGCGGCGGACGGACCAGGUGCGACCGUCUCCGCCGCGUUAUGCUUGGCCCGGCUGUACCCACCCUCCCGCACUCGCCCACGCCCGCACCCGAGACGGUCGCGCCGAUGGUCAGGACCGUCGGGACGACGCGCGUGUGUCGAACCAUAAAACACCGCCGCGAUUGCGUUCCGAUCGACUUGAACAUCGCGAACACCGUGGUACACUGUAGUUUGGACCACGGCCAAAUGAAUAACGACUAUUGUCGUCCGCGUUUCAACACGUCUCGAGUUGUCGGACGUUUCUACGGGCGUGCAAAGUUUUGUUCGCAUACUUUGGAAAACGGUACGCUCGGAAUACGCCGCGGUUUCCCGUGAGAGAUCAGCCCCACAAAGGUCUACGGCCGGAGCGAGACUUCUGGCGGAAAAGUCAUUUGCAGACGGACAGAAAAAAAAAAACACCAAAAUAUAGAAAGAAUUCGGUGGAGGGGGACGCGCCUCCGGUUCUCUGCCCUGGCUACGGCACUGUAUCGUUGCAGACACCGAAUUUUCGUUGCCGCGUGUUCACUUGGCAUAAUGUACACUAAUAAUAUUUAUGUAGUUAAGUGACACGAAAGUACGCGGUUUUGGCUUACGUUCGCGGUUGAGUUGGUUUUAAAAAAUAUCGAAAAAUGCACCUAAUUAAUUAACCCGUCAAUUUGUUUGUGUGCUAAAUGAGGCCGGUACGGAUGUUUCGCAUUUGUAUAAUCCGUAUUGUUAUCUGUGAUCGUUUCCUAAAAGAUAAGAAUAAUAUGUAAAAAAAAAAAAAAAAAACCCAACUCUAUAAAGCUAAAACUAUUUUUAAUAUUAAAAAUAAAAACUCUUUAUGUCGAAUCCCGUGUUUCCAUUCACGACCCACGCGUAAAUUCCAAUAAAAUCGUAUUCCAUUUGGAUAUUAUUAAAAAUAUAGUUGCGAUUUUUACGGUCGGAUACACAUUUUCCGUAUUACAUGUUUCACGAUCCGUAUAAUAUCGAAUGUUUAUUUUUUCCGUACCUCUGUACGUUACGAACACGUACACUUUGAAGUUUCGGCCUGGACCUCGAGGGUAUUACGUUCUCAGCGCGGCGUUUUCGAAUUCCAUAAUACCUAAAGCGUUAAUCAACUAUAAUUUAACUAUAACCACUUCUAAAAUUUGUUUUCAAAGUAAAAUAUUAUGUUAACUUUUCGGGAUUCCUUAAUACCUUACCCCAAUAGUGUUGCUUCAAUUGUAUAGCGUACAUAGCCGUGGCAAAUUUUUCCCCGUCUGGCUGCCGGAAGCUUCUAUUACAACUAAACCAAACGAGAAAUGCACUAGAAAUCCAGACAUAAUAUUACACUCUUGACGCGUAAUACUCAAACGAAUAAUCCUAAAAAUAGUUUAUUUUACAAUAUAUGAAAAAAAAAAAAAAAAAAUGACUAGUAAUUUAUUACGAACGCAACAAACAUACGGAAUGACCGUACGCACAUAUGUAUGCAUUAUGGUAAAUAUAACUGGUGUAAUUCCAAGUCUGACGGGAAAAAAAAAAAAAAAAACGAAUGCUAUUCGAAAGGAAAAAUUCUCACGAAGAUUAGUCGGGGUGAAGAAGGCGGCUACGGAAUAAGUUCAAGCGGACGACUCGUUACUCGUAACGAUAUCAAUACGGGCGAUCACGCUUCAGAGCCAUUGAGUUGUGCCGGACGCGCGUGCGGAGAGGAGCCGGAGGCGAACCGACGUGCGCGGUCGUGAAACGGAGAUGGCCUAAUAACCAGAGUCGACCGAACGCCCGGACGGCGCGGGAUGGAAGAGCGUCGGCCGCGGGAUUUCGGGAGCCGGCAGCGGGCCCGAGAACAAGAGCGAAAGCAAAACGCAAAACGAAAACACCGGCCUUUACUCGUCGGUCGCGGCGGCUUUUCACCCGGGCGCGGCCGCGAGACCGUCGACGGAACGCCGUCCGCGCACGCCGACGAAAACCGGCGACCGUCCCGUUGCGUAUUACGCGCAAUAACGCGCGUUACGCAUACCGCGAAUCCCCGCGCGCGGUAUUAUUACCCCCCCCCCCGUAUCGUUCCGGUAACGUCUUUUCGCCGCGCCAACGUCUUCUCCGGUCUUCUCUUGUCUACGCGUACGGUACACGCGCGCCCGUCAAUGACAUGACGUCCGCGGACGUGCCGUGCGCGCGCGCGCUUACGUAUUGACAGUCGAACGUCCGUCGCGCGUAAUCGAUUCAUUCCGACCGAGCCGGCGACGACGGUACGACGGAUUAACACGCGCACCGUAUAUUUUGUUUGCGCGUUCACGCGGCGGUUUUUUUUUUUUAUUGCGCCGUCGGGGAACGGCUGCGCGGUCCGCGGCCGUUUCUGCGCGAGAUCGAAAAACCGUUAAACGAAAAUUCGACACGCGCGCACACGCGUAAUACAUUAUUGUCAACGGUGGCGGUCGGUUCCUGCGUCGUACGCCCCGGUAAUGCUCGCGCGUGACGACCGUUCCGCGGCGCGCGGCCGGGCUGACGGUUUUUCGCGGGUCGGAUUUUAUCAAAAAAAUUUUUUUUUUUCUCCCGGGCAACACGUCGGUUUUGAAGAAACCGGCCUGCCGCGUCCGGUGUAGCGUACCAAAAACGAAUUUCGCGUCGUAAUAUAAUACGGUCAUGUGCGUGAACGGUCGGGUCCGGGACGUCACGGAUUAACGGUUUCUCGCGAGAACAACGAUAGAACACCGCGGGUUAUAGUUCUGAGUUUUGACUUGACCGGGCGGUGUCCCGCGAAGACGUACUCGCCGUAAUAUCUCCGGAGACGAUAAACAUACUCGAAUUGUGUUUUGUUUUUCUGUAUUACUCAUGAAUCAUACGAAAUCGAUUCAAAUAUAAUUAUUCGAAGUCCUUAUCCCUGUGAGUAAUAUGUAAGUUAUACGCGUAUAAAAAAAAAAAAAAACAGAAUUUGAUUGUUUUUACUAUCUCGGGAGAUAUCGCAAUGUCUUCGUGGGGCGGCCUGUAGAAGUCGGGUACCGGCGCGUUAUCGAUUGUGUGUCAACUCCCGUGAUAUUUAUCCCGGAGGAAGGAGAUGGGGGUGAAAUUUCUCUAGUGGAUUUUCAUUUAUUAUUCUCAUAUUAUUUAUUUCGGAUAAAGGCUCAGAUAAAUCAAUUGCCGUUUUUCCGGGAUCGAAUAAAAUUUAAUAAUAUUUACCUGCCUGGAUAAAACACAACACCGUUCGCUCAGAAGCUCAGUGCGUAUAUAAGUUCGCAAUACAAUGUCAGCAACAAUUUUUACGCGACGAAAAUGUUUACUUUUAACUCCGACCCGUUGCGAUCGUUUAUUAUUUAACGAUUUUAUACCUAUCCCUCCCCCGAGAAAUGUCUCUCGCCGAAAAUCGAUCUUCGUUUUUUUUUUUUUUUUAUAAUCGUCAUAUUACAUCGUUACUCUCGUGUUAUAUUUUAAUUUAUUCGAGGCGUUCUGCAACAACAGCGUCAUAUUUAUUCCCCUUCAUGAGUUAUUUUUCUCAACAACGAAAUACGAGUAGCAAACAAUAUCGUUAUAAUUUGCGAAAUGUAACGACUCACGGGAAAGGCAGCAGCGGGUAAAUAUAUAAUUGAAUAAAAAAAAAAAAAAGAAAAGAAAAAAACCAUCCGAACAACACAAUUACGAAAAACGUUUCUCUCUUUUUUUGUAAUACUAUUCGAAAUUAUAUUUUUUAAUUGAUUAAGUAACAAAACCGGCCAUCGCGUUCAGGCGACGGUGACGGGAUCAACAUUGCGAAUUUUCGUGAAAUAAUUAUUAUUGUGAAUUAUAACUGAGACGCGAAUUAUUGUUUCGUGUCAAUUAACAGAUUUUUAAUUAGUUUUAAUAAACUAUCGUUAUACGCGAUUUUAAUUUUAACACGUCGCGUCAACAAUAAUAUUCUACAUUAUAAUUAGGAUCUAACGUAUUUACGCGUAUUUUCAGCUACCGCUCAAAACUCAAUAUAGAACGAUAGUGAGUGAAAUGGUACAAACUGUGUCCCUGAAAUUUAGGUUAUUUUUUUGUUUUUUUACGAAUCCUAUACUUAUAGCGUGUGAAUUCCAUUUUAUUCGACGCGUAUAAAUCAUAUCAACGCGGAAAUAAAUAAAUCAUAUUUUGCACUAUACGAGUACGAAUGUGUCUGGAACAGCGGCCCGAUUUGUCCGCUUUAGGAUUUCUGCGUGUCGAAAAAAAAAAAAAAAAAUGUUUGAAACUGCCGAUAGGUGUGCCACGGUUUUAGGAGGAACUCCGGAAGGGGUGAUGUAUACGGGUCAUUUAUUUUGAUCUAUACGCAACGAUAAAACAUUGCCAAUGAAAAACGAUUCUGAACAGAAUAAUAUAGUAGUCGUAUUUUUCUUCUUGUCGCCUAAUGUAACUCAGGAUCGACAAAAUUUUUACAAAAAUUUCCAGUUCUACCUAUUCAUUAAGAUAAAUGUAAGAAAUAAAAAAUGACUCCCUCAACGCACCAAUCAAAUCAAAAAUUCUACUGGACAGUUUCUAUACAAUUUUGAAUAGGAGCAAAAUUGCCGAUAGAAAACUCCAAAAGUUGUUUACAGAUACAAAAGAAAAAAAAAUAUAUAUGAGAAAUAUAUUUUAGUAAAACCAAAACAUUUCUCGCUUCGGUUAGAAUUUACAACGUAUGGAAAUAAAUACUAUAUUAACACUUUUAAAUAAUUUUCUUAAAAUAACUUGUUUUUGUUCCCUCAGAAUAUUGUCCUCUUUUAAUUUUAUAAUAAGCGCUUUUACAUUUUAAUACGAGAUUUAAACGAGUUAUAUUUAGGCUGCGUAAACAUGUUUUCUCUAUGUUACCCAUUCGGUGUGACGUUCUGUUAAGGGGUGAGCACACUGCAGUAUUUGUUCAGUCGAGUUUAGUUGCAUUUCGAAUGACCUGUCCGUCAGUCGAGAUUUUGACAUUGGCUGCAUAAAUUAAAUCGUCUAAAUAUACUUGUUUGGCAAGUUGUUGUUAAGUUUGUUGUUAAGGCACGACGGUGGCCGAACUGACGCGGACGGAAAGUCAGGAAACUGAAAACUGAACGGACGCGGUGAUCGCUCGUGGUUUAAUAUAUUUUCAUUGCUAAACGACCGGAUUCAGUGUGCUCGCUUUUUUAUAUGGUCGUAAACAAUUUCGUUUAGUUUUGUAUACCGAUUCGAGACGCGAUUUAUUAUUAUUUUUUUUUUUUUUUUUUUUUUUAUUUAUAUAUAUAUACUAAAUAAUAAUGCACUUUCUAUAUUAAAACUCUGUUAGCAAUGGAAAUAUUACAUUAUAUUGUUGCGCCUAAAUUGAUUUCGUGCGAUGCGAGAAACUUGAUGUUUUUAAAAAAUAUAUGUGUAAUAAAUAACAAUAACAAUAUGCGUACCUACUCGUGGCCGUAAUAAAAAAAUAAAAAAAAAAAACAACGAUAAAUCAUCAAAAGAUCUAACGGAUUUACGGUGGGCACCUGAAAGCGGAUAUUUUAUACCCCGUUCGAGCACCGGCGCCGUUUAUCGAGACGACAACAUCCGAUUCCGAAAAAACGAACGGCAAUCGAUUUCUAAACACACGAGUUCAGAACAUCGUAUACGCGUCUCCGCCGUGUCCGUCCGUCCGUGCAUAGUUCCCGCUGUCGGUUCGGUCGACAAGGCGAUACGUAUGCAUUAUAAUAUUGCCUAUUACUCCGAACACAACGAUAUUGUUGUUAACGUUGUUGCAUUUAUCCCCAAUACAAUAAAUCCAAGUGUUCGGACGGCAUGUGUUUGUCGCCUCUUCGCGUCAAUGACUACCGAACGGAUCAACCCGAAACUAUUGUUAUUAUUAUUAUUUUGAACAGCAGACUGUAUAUUCCUUAUGUUCCAUGCGUCGUCGUUGUGCAUCCGAACAUUACGCGUGGAAACCCGAGUGCCUAACGUUCGAAUUAACGACGACAAAAAUUAAUAACUACGAAAAUAGUAUUGCGAAUUUUUUUCGUUUAAAUUUUAAAUUGCCAAUAACAAUUGCAACAGUGCCACGAAUCUCUUUGUCAAUAAAACCGACGGCUGUAGAACUUUGUACCGUGGAAAACCGGGAAUUUACGGUGUUCGAUGAAAAAUCCGCCGACGAACCGCGCAGUGCGUCAAUCGGAUCGAAAAUGAUACUAGAAAGUAAAAUUUUUGAUUGGAACAACAUUUGCGGGGAAAAAAGUCGUUUAAAAAAAAAAAAAAAUAAUCGACUUCAGAGUUUUUCGAUGAUUAGCCAAUGAUAUGCAUAUCUACACUUAUAUAUUUAUACUUGAAAUACGAUUUGGGCGAAUUUUCACGGAAAUAUAGACCUCUUAUUUACACGCGUACGCCGGUAAACAUUUUCGACACUGUGCAUUUUUUUUUCUUCUCGCUCAUUAUUGACGUCCGUAAUAAUAUUAUAAUAGUGUUAAAAUGUAAAAUUAAUAAUUACGAAUUUCAUGCAGUUUAGGUAUACACUAUAAACCGCGCAUGAAAAAAAAAUACGAUUCUGUUAUAUAUAUAGAUAUUUAAUAUUUAAAGAGUGAUGUGAUGAAAAAACUAUUCCACGGCCGACUCUCUCGCUGUAUUAUAUAUAAAUAUAUAUAAUUAUAUCUAUGUUUAUAAUAAACUGUGUACGCGUUCUUCCGACAUCGUUUUCGACGCAUGCGCUGCGCACGCCGUGCGUCUUUUCCGCAAAAGUUAUUCUGAACAUUCGAAAAACCGUGUAGACAAAAAGCGAACAAAAAAAAAAAAAAAAAAGAGAAAAGUCGAUUCGGAUGUGUUCGCGCGCGUGUACGCGUGCGAUGGAAAACUUUAACGCGUAACGUGUAAUAUAAAAUAAAACGAGACGAUUCCGCAAGGGAAUAACCGCGGGAAACGAGAGGCUGUUGUGUGCAUAGCGUCAAAAAUGGUAAAAAAAAAAAUCUCGAACGAAAUUUCGCCGUAUCGAAAAAAAAACAAAAAACACAUCACGCCUGCGAUUACGCGGGACCCGCUGCGGGGCAACGAUUAUCGCCGAUGCAGUACUGACGCGCAACAACAAUGACGCGAUAACAGUGUCGAAAAAACGACGACGUCGGCGUCCGCGAUACGUUUCACACGGAGCGCGGACCGCCGCAUCUCGGUUCACGCGUAAAAUAACGAUUCGACAAAAACCGAUGUGCAUCAUAACGCUGUGCGCGCCGGCCCGACACCGUAUUUCCGCGGAAAAUCGACGAACAAAUACGGGCAUGCCGCGCGGCGCACAGAACGGUUUUGUUUUCUCUCUCUCUCUCUCUCACGCGCGCGCACUCUCCGCGGCGGGGUUCGCGUUAACGAAAUAUCAGCCGGUGCGAAAAACGAACGCGCGGCGGGCGACAAUCGCGGACCCGCGUUCCGCGCGGCUCGUACGACGGCACGCGCGUCGGACGCCCAAACGAGACGCGAUCGUUUCGACGAUCGGCAAAACGGGCGGUCCCGUCGGUCACCGGUCCCCGUCGAAAACGCCCGUUUCCGUUUUCCGCCGGUCACGUUCUGACGUACCGCGACCCCCUUAUCGAAAUUCAUUUUUCUGUCGCGCAUAAACGCCAUUGCCAUUCGCGUUUUUCGCGCGCGAUUUUCUGUCCGCGACGUGGCCGUAGCUCGUCCUAACGACGCGCUCGACGCCCGUCAAACGCGGAUCGCGAAUAAUACGAAAACGGUUCCGGCGAAUCGAACACGUUUCUGAUACAUGCUGGGCGUAUUACAGACGCGUUAAAACCGCAAUAUAACGUCAUGCGUCGGUGUGCGAGUAGGGUUGCUACCCCUCCGGGUCUCGCGCGGAUACUCCGGUUUUACAUAUAAAUCUACGGGCUACGGGUUCAGCGAACUGUCCUCCGGGUCAUCGCAAAACCAGUAAUACAUUUUAUAUUGAUUAUCAAUAAGCAACGAGAACAACGAUUUUCAUGCGCCACGGGAUAAGGAUAAACUGCGAUUUGUUGACUUGUUAUACGAUAGUUGACAGUUGCUAUCGACUAUCAUGCGAUACGCAUGAUAGCGUGGUAUCGGCUUUUACGAUACUCAACUGUAUUACCCUGUUCACACGAUGAUUUGACCUGAAUUCUCGGGACGAAUCAAUUCCGUUUUUUUUUUUUUUUUUUUUUAUAGUAAUCGGCAUUGCUUCUAUCGCAGUGAUAGAAUUGCUGUGUAGUAUAGUGUAAUGUCACAGUUGAUAUGUAUGUUUUUUUUUUUUUUAUUGAUUUAAAAGUGUUCACAAAAAAGGAAAAAAAAAUUUUUUCAACAUCUAUUAAAAACACUUUGCAACCCUGAAUGAUACAGUAGGGAACCUACGGGAAAACAGCUAUAGUGGAAUAAAUGACAAAAUGUUCGUAAUCCUUGUAUUUCGACAGUGUGAAACAAUAUGAUAACCGUUUUAUUGUUAUCUGUAGGAGUUUUAACUGCUGUUUUAUUAUUAUUAAAGUCACAUUUUUUGGACAUGAUCAGCUGAAUUGACUCUAAUCCGUCACCAAUCGCAGCAGCGAAAAUGCAGCGAAAUUCUCUAGUGUGUCAUUUUGUAUACUUCUAUACCUACUCCAAUAAUCAAAACCCGGGUAGGAAAUAUCGCCAUUUGUUUUAAGUAUAUUGUAUUUGGGGCGGUCGAAAAAAAAAAAAGUUCGUAGUAGAAAACAUAGAAAAACAAUAUAUUUGUCAAAAAAUUAAAAAUAUAGUAGAAAAUAGGUACCUAUUAUAUUUUAUUACUCAAGUAAUCAUUUCUGAUGUCGGUUAUUUUUUCCUUAGACUUAUUUUCGUUUGACGUUUUUUUUUUCUCGCGGUCUAUUUUACUUGUUUUUUUUUCCUGGAUUCCUAUUUUAGACACCGACUCAGUUGUAGCCAGAAAAAAAAGUCUCGAUUCAAUCCUGCAACUAUAAUGCUAGUACAUAAUAAUACUAUAGUGUCCUAUAUGGUUUUCUAAAUAAUUGGUGGACACACUAUACUACACACUGGCGGUUGCUAAAUUUAAACGUUCCAUCGUCGGUGCCGCCAACGCGACGGCCGGUUUCCCGCGUCAUCGUUAUUAUUACUAUUAUAUUAUAUUAUAUACAUAUAUUUUGUUUUUUAGUACGACCCGACCACCACCAGCGGCACGUCGUAGUUUUCGGCCGCUAAUAAUAAUGUUAUAUCAUAAAAAAAGUGUUUUUUUUUUUUUUUUUUUAAAUACGAAUAACGUAUAUAUUAUAUAUCUGGUUCUCUGGCCGCAGCUCAUCACAGUCAACCACAGCACUAUACCCGUGUUGGGAAAGAUAACCAACAUUUUUUACCCAGACAUAGAUAAUUUACUAAAAAUUAAUACAAUUAAUACGAAUAUUAUUAUAAGAACUAAGAAGGUAGGCGAUUCAAAUUCAAAAUGUAUUGUUAAAGACCUCCCCGUAUUAUAAAGGUCUAUCUAAUUUCUUUUUGUUGAAUAUGAAAAAAUCAGUUUUUAUAGUAUCCUACAAAACAUAAUGUUUUAAUAUAUAGUAUGAUAUAUUUGUGAAUUACCGAGGUUAUAGCGUAUUCAAAAGUAUUUAUUUUCGAGGAGAUGUCAUAAUUAUGUCAUCUCUUUCGUCUUGGUAAAAUACUAAGUAUCUAUUAUUAUCUAUGUAUUAACUAAAAAUAGUUAAGAAGAUAAAAAUAAGAUAUUUUGGUCUCAUCAAAAUAAAAGAUAGUAUUUAUACCAUUACCUAGAUUAUUUUUUAGACGAUUGUAUCUAUGUAAUACUUACCCCACACUGCUCGUAUUGUCUAUAUUAUGAUAUUUUAUUUAUAAUAUGCACACACAUAAAAUCUUCUCUUCUUGUAGUUUCUGUUCGUUUUGAUGUUUGAAACCACAAUAAAUGUUUUUCUUUGUCGAACGAUGCACGAAAUAAUUAUCUUAAUGUUGCGCCAAACCAAUCGUGAAAGUUUUUCAACCGUUAUGUCCUUCUUCCAACACAUCUUUUCCAUUCUAUUUCCCCUUGAAGUAUAAGUCGCAAUAAUCCAUGUUUCUGGUUAUUUCUCUUUAUAUUAUGCGAUUUCUUAUAUUCUAGUUUCUAAGAUUUUAUAGUUAUCAGUAUCUAAUUCUUUUUACUUUUGCACUAUUCCCAUACACAUACACACACACGUACACUCAUACAUGUAUACUAAUAAUAUUACAGUACCGAUGACACAGCCGGGUGGUCCUUUUUACUUAAGUCCCUUAAUUAAUCCGUGAAAACACCGGUGGUGUCUAAGAUGACUUUAUCACUCACUUUGUUCACGAGACUGUUGAUGAUAUGUAAAGACUGGAUGUGGGGUUUUUGUCAGUGGUGUCACCGCUGAUGCUAUUACAGAUGCAUUUUAAAAACAUAAGUAUAAUCUUCUUUGCCACCACGUAAUUCACACUGUGGAGCCACCGCCAACCAUCGCGAGGUAUUUUUAUAUUUUACCGACAAAAGUUUUUUUCAUUAUAUAUCUGGUAAUAUAUUAUACAAUUUAUUUAUAUUAAUAAUCGUGCGGUACGCCGCACUGAAAAUAAUUGGAUUUCGAAAAAAAAAAAAAAUACGACGAUGUUCCUUGUACAUACAAUACAGGUACAAUAUAAUAUCGAUUACCGUCGUCGUCGCUUCAAGAAUAUAAUAUCUUAAAAAAGUAAAUGUAUAUUAAGGUAAUUCGCUGUUUAUUCGCGUGUAUAUAUAAAUAUAUACAUAUAGUAUUCCCGGAGGUAAGUUUGAAGAAAAAAAAAAGAAAAUAUAAAAGGACUGCGGAGUUUUAUAUACCUAUAUAUUAUUGUAUACUCAAGUCGAUCGAUUUUGAAUUUCGCACGGGAUCAACCGAGUUACGAAAAAAAAAAAAAUAUACAUACCUAUAUAAAAAAUCAAUUUUUCACCGAAAGUCUCUGUGUAUUUCUAAAGCAGACUAAAUUCGUCGUACAUACAAUCUGACGUGUGCGCAUCGUAAAAACUUUUCUAUACUUACCUAUUAUACUUGGAGAUAGUAUACGUAAGCGCAAAUAAUCACAAUAUUGUUUAGGAAGGGGGAGUGACUCAAAUCCCUUCCCCGUCCUCUUAAAAAAAAACACUCAUAUUUGGGACACAUUUCACAAGAACUUGAUUUGAAAUGGAGAUUUGGAUUUAUUUCGGGGAGGAGGGGCUACAUACACCAAGCCCCCCAGCUAUUUUUGCCAAUGAGCAGGUAAUAUUAGUAUUAUAUUUAUCUAUACUCACACACCGGUAUCGAUACCAAAAUGUCCAUUAGUUUUAAUAGGAUUUCAGAGGAAAAUAAACACCCACGAUUCGCAUCCAGAGUCGCGUAGCGAAAUUAGUUUUCGAUUUUUCUGAAUGAGGGCGUACCCUCUUAUAAACCCGUAAUAUUAAAUAACGUCGACGGCGAUAGUGAGCAUCGGCACUAUACUUUAAUGUACGGGACCCGGGGGGGGGGUCACAGAACACGACUCUGACUAUAUAUACCGGGUGAUCAACAUUACCAACAUUAUUAACAGAAACUCAUUAUCUCGGAACUUUUUUAAACUCAAAAGUGGAAUAUCUCGUCAAUGGGUCGAAGAAAAUCGAAAAUGACUACACCAAAAUGUACCUAUUUAAACUAUUUAUAUUCACGACGUCUUUAAUACGUUGCUAUUUGAAAAUCGAAAUUGACCGGCGGUAAUAAUAAUUUUUGUUUGACCUCCAAACAUUAUGUGUGACAAAAUCCACGGAAAUGUAACUUUGUGGAGCUGAUUAUUGUUUCUGAAUUUUUCAAAAAACAAUUGAUACUUUCCGAGAUAAAGCGUCUUACGUUAUGUAGUUGAUCACUCUGUAUAUUAUACGUAUAUACGAGUGUUGCAUACGCAUACAUCCGGUAUAAAAACGUAGUCGUCGGUUUCGAUUUUCUCGUCGCACGGAAAAGAACCCCGGCAUAAUCUCGACGCUUUAUUAUAUUACUGCCGUCUAUUUAAACCGCCCACGGACGACAACGCUGCGUUGUAAAUUUACCCUUAAAACGCGGUAUCGAAUUUCGUGUAGGUGCCUGGUAAUAAUACCACGUCGAGCGCUCGUGUCCGGUUGCGUCUGUUUUUAUAAAAUAAAACGCACCCGCCGGAAGCCCGUUCCCGUGUCCAUGCUGCCGCUGACCGGAAGGAACUAAAUUUCGUAAUGAUAAUGAUUGCAGCUCUCUGUGCAUAUAAGCUGCCGGAUUUACAGUCUGUCGCGGACCUCGCCCAUAAUUUUGCCCCCGGCCGCGGAAUAGAUAGGGCGCAUGUAUUCUAUGCCCCGAAAUCUGUUUUGCUAACAAUCGGUACGAAUCAAUAUAUUUAAAACGAAUAUACAUUUUUUAUAAAAUAAAGUUAUAACUCUCUGACAAUAUCGUUGAAGGUUUAGGUAUUUAGGUACAUCUAUUACUGCUUUGUAAAUAAAUAAUAAAUAACUUGUAUGGAACGAUAUUGAAUAUAUCAUUGAUUAUUUUCAAUCGCUUAAAAUAUUAACGCUUUCUAUUGAUGUAAUUUAAAAAAAAAAUAAAACUCCAAUUGACAUUUUCGAGUGUUUUCUAUUUUCACGGAUGAGAAUAUUACAAUUUAUUACUAUCAACAUUUUAAAUUAAAAUUCGUUAAGCCUUUCAGCGAUCAUGUUGCCAUAUGGUAUCAUAGUAUCACUUCCUAUUUACUCGACAUACAGUUUCUAGUAUGUUUACUAUCAUCUUAUUAUACCGUAAAGCAUAUGUUAUUUCUAAUCAAAUAAAUACAUUUUGGUGCCAAAACCGUUAUUUACCAUGUUAUUAUUAUCUAUAUCCACAAUACGUCAAUAAAGCGUUUAACUACAGAAUUAACGUACUAUUUAAUUUAAUUUAGGUAGGUAAGUAAUAAUAUAAUAUAAAUUCUAUGAACUCGUAAAUUAUUUAUGAUACAAAACAUAUUUAUUUAUAUAAACACAUUUUUAACUGUACAAAUACAAUAUUUUAAUUAUUUUACAUAAUACAGUGUACCAAAACAACUCAUGACUCCCUCCACACAUCAUUGGAAAUAUGAAGAAUAAGUAAAGUUACGGACGAAUAGUUAUUUUUUAAACUUAUUUAUUCAAUGUGUCAAUCAUAUACUCAUAGAAUAAAAUACAUAUUAUAUCAUACUGUUGACAAUAUUUAAUUACCAAUGGGACCGAAUUGUUUAAGUGGUACAUGGGAAAAUCCAAAUUACCAUUGUGAUACAAGGUAUCUAGGCAACAAGAGAAAAGAUGCGACUAUUAAUACUCUGUUAGUUUUUUGUUAACAAUGAUUUAUAAUUGCAUAUAGAUUUAAUUAAUUGAAUAUACGAGUAUAUUUUUAUACUUUUCCUCCCGAUUCCCCUAUUAAAACAAUGGGAGUAUCGGUUUAUUUUUAGAUUUUGAGUGGAGCGAAGAAGCUUAUGGUUUUACAGAGAUGUUUACUUUUUUUUAUAACUUUUCUCCCAGAAGACUUGCUGGGAUUUUUACGUGUAGCAUCUUUUCUGAAAGGAAAUUAGUGUAGGGAGGUAUUAAAUGUCAUUUUUAGAUUUUCUCCAGAAUUUUCUCAUCAAAUGUGAAAAACCGAAAAAAAAUGGGAAAAUAUAUGAAAUGUAGGUAGUAGCUAAAUUAUAUUACGGCCUUCUUUUUUUCUGUGAAUAACUUUUCUACCAGCAAUUUUACUUCAACUUUGAAUGGUUCAGAAAAAUUACUACACGUAAAAAUUGGAGCAAGUUUACUAGGAAAAAACCUUUCCACAGAUUAGAAAAAAAAAUAAAUAAACAUCUUAGUAAAAGUAAUAGUUCUCAAGCUAUGUUCGAGAUCUAAAAAUCAUAACGAUAACAAGUCGACUGCUCACGGGUAUUAUUUUUACUCUCUCGUUGACUUGAUCGGUGUAAAUACUAUAAACGAUAAUUAUUGUACUCUAUAUUAGCCUACAUCAUAUGCACGAUUAUAAAACUACCGAUUGGAUAUUUCGCAGACCUAUAGAAUCAUAAUAUCGUAGAUCCCUGGACCGCAUAUUUUUAUUCGACCUCACACCGGCUACCACAUUGUAUACCGGGAGAUUAAAAACGUGUGGGUUAUCGGUGACAUUUUUUUUUUUUUUACACGGCGAUUUGUCGACAACGACGUGCUAUCGGUAAGAAUGUGAAAUCGUGACGCGUCCGGCGCGGCACCGGCUACCACAUUGUAUACCGGGAGAUUAAAAACGUGUGGGUUAUCGGUGACUUUUUUUUUUUUUUUUUACGCGCGUUGUACAAACACAAAAAUAAUAAUACUAUACACUCGGCCCCCGGUCUCGUCCGCGAGUGGUUUUAGUAUAUAAUUACUCUGGAAGAAGUCUGCUGCUGGACCAUCGUUAAGGGUUUUGUUUUGUUUCGGUUUUUAUAAACCAAUUUCGAAAUUGAGAGUCGAACCGUCGUGACGGUUGUAUUAUACCCGCAUAACAACAUUAUUACAUUGUAUAGAUAGGAACGAACGACCGUAACGCGGCGGUGCCGAUGUCCGUCCGUCCGCCGGUGUGAUGUUAUUUGCAUUUUUUAACGUUCCCGAACAACAUCUGUCGUAACUGCCGCGUCAGACACCGCGUCGAAUUUAGCGGUGCGCUCACAGAAACACCGUCCGCCCACGAAACCAUCAUAAUAUCGUUACGCCAUCGAAAUAACAAUAAUAUUAUUAUUGUGCGCACCACUUUAUACGCCUAUCUACUUACGAUCCGAGUACAUAGGUACACCGUUAUAAUAUUAUAAAGGCAUACGUGUUAUCAAUAUAAUGUAUUGUACGCUGCAGGGUCAUCCGAAUUUCAAGUUACGUUAUAUUUUCGCCAUCGUGCAAUACCCAUCUAUUUAGAAAAAAAAAAUUGCAUUUUUUGCAACCGUAAUAUUAUAUUCUAAAAUGACGAAUUGCCCUUUUCCGCCUUAUGUUUCGGAUACGAAAACACCACUGUAUAAUUCGACAUUCAAACGGCAACCUAUUGUAUUGACAAUUUCAUAAGCGCGUGAAGUUUCAGUUUAAAACACGACAUACCUAUAUUAUAAUAUAGUAAUUUAAUAUACACUUUACAUUUUUUGAAAAAUCGAGACAAAAGUGCAUAUCGUUUUGAAAACCUGGCGGUUUAACGUCAUGUGUUUUUCUUGUUUUCCUCAUUUUGAAAUCCCCGUUUCAAUUCGUCCGACUGAAACAUUUCGCGUUACCAUUCGAGUGGUGAAACUCACUGUUUACUAGUAAAACGUGUGUGUGUGUGUGCUUUUCGGACGGUUGCGUGUAAACAAACGGAUGGUAGGCACGUUUAUAUUAUUAUAAAACGUGGUCAGCAUGCUUAUUGUAAUAUUGUCUACCGGCGGAAAUUCGAGUCGUAGUACCUAGAUUGCCGCGGUCGGUAUGUUCGCCAAUUUCGCGUUAUUACGACUAUAAUACGAAUUAUUACGCGUAGGUAUAAUAUUAUUAUGAUGAGUGAAGGAUACCGAAAAUAGAGAUAUUAUGUAUUUCUCAUGCGCGAGUACGUUCAUAAAAAAAAAAAAAAAAAAAAAAAAGUUUCUCAAAUACAAUUGCAAUUUUAUCAAAGAAAUGUGUACGUAGUACGUUUUCUUCGGUUCGUUCAGUUUACUGUCAUUAUUUACCGUCGAUUUUGGCGGACUAUUCAGGCUUGCUGGUUCAAUAACAAUAGUUUUGAUUCAAAGAUAAAGUUAGAUCGACAGAGAUCAAUAAAAAUGUAUACUGAAUAUCGCUGGUUUUUUUUUUUUAUUAUUAUUAUUAAGAUAACUACACGAAAAAUCAAAAAAAUGUUUUCUCCUCAACAUCACGCUAUAACUAGAUCAAAAAAUACAAAAAUUAAGUUCCUAUAAAGUUGUUGGUAAGAUCAUGAUUUCCGGUAUAAAUGCUGUUUACAACCACAAAAAAAAAAAAAAAAAAAAAAAAAAAACGCAUCAUAGUUAAACCAAUACGAAAUUAUUGUAGUUAAUACCUAAUGUAUAGUGUGGCCUGGUACUCGAAUAUGGCGAAAUCGAAAAGUCGACACCCAGAUAUACUACACUAUUAAUGGAGUUUGUAUAGAACGAUUUCGAGAAAAAAUAUAGUGAUACAAUUUUUGGCUUUUCAUAGCCAACGAUAUUAUGUACUUAUCCAUAGUGUAGGUUAUAUAAUACACAUUCUACACGAAAACUCAUAUUUUUCCGCGGCCUUUUUUUCGCAUUUAAUUUUAUUUCUCAUAUCGCAACACCGCACAACACCAACGGAUUAUUUACUUUCGGUAUAUAAUAUAAAUCAUAUACACUGCACUUUAUAUCGGGUCCCGGACCCCCGACAGAUCUGAUAUUUUCCUGCGUCCGCAUUACAAUAUCAAAGGCCCUACUUAUUUAGCCGUGUGCAACGUGCGUGUGCGUGUACGUGUAAUAUAUUACAGUUUUAGGCUGAGAGGUAUUUUUUUUUUUUUGAUGUUCCAGUUGGUAUAUUAUUUAUUAUUGUAGAUCAUCAAAGGGUCAAACGAUUUCUUUGAAGGUGACGAUGAGCACACACCAGAGUACACACUUAUAGAGCGUUACACGUCGUCGUACGAUGGUCGAUACCUACGUGAUCAAACACCUCCGGAACGGAUUUUGUAGAAAAAAAAAGACAAAAUGAUUGCGUAAAAUAACAUUCGAAAUACACGUUUAUAAAUAAAUGAUAUUGCAUUUGACAGAAGAUUUCGCGUGAGUACGUACCUGGCCACUUUUAGGAUUAUAUACGUGCGCUGCAUCAGUUCUCUUUACAAUUUUUCAAUAUUUGUUUUUAAAGUAGAUUCUCAAACGGUGAGUUACAGUAUCACGGACUGAGACAUACAGAACUUGUCUGGUUGCUAGGGGAUAGAGGAAUAGUCUACAAACGUUUUCAUUUUGUAUGCAAGGGUGUUUUUAACUUUACCCAGUUGCGUUCAUGAGCACUACUACAUUUAUUUGAUAGCAUUUGAUAAUGUUGCCAGAGCCUUAACGCAAUAGGAAUUUUUAGCACCUCUGGUCUCACACAAAUAUCUGCUCCCAUAGCUUAAAUCUAUUAAUUUUCAUUCAAAUUGUACAUUUAUCUUUCUUUCUAGCUAAUUUCCUUGAAAACUUCCUAAUUAUUCGGCUUAUGCGCACCGUUAAUCACGACCCUUUUUUUACCCUUUAUUUCUAUAGCAUCCCCAAAACUUGUCGAUUUUUCUAACUGACUGUUAGGUUUUAGUUUUAGGUUAUGUGUUCACGAAUUCAAUUGUAAAUUACGUUCUUUUUCCUGUUAGAGUUUGUCUCAUAAUUAUAAUAAAUAAAUAAAUAGUUCUAUUAAUUAUACAUUUUGGAUUUCGCGUCCUUUUCUGAGAUGCUCUCUUGCUGUCCCUGUUGCCAAGCCCCAGCAACGGAGUAUUGUGAUUGAUAGCAAAUUUGAUUGUGAAAAGGGAAAUAAAUAGAUGAAUGAACUACACCAGUUGGAUUUUUGGAAACAUUACAAGUUCACUAAUGAGGUAUCCGAUGCCAAUCCUGUACAUCAGAGGUUCUCAAACUUGUGUAUCAUGGAUCUAUCAAGUAUCACUGACGACUAAAAACUGAACUGUUGCAAAAUUACAAUUUUUUUAUUUCCGAAAUGAUUAUUUAGUAAAAUACUAUAAUUUUUUAUGAAGUAUUUUUUGAAUUUCAAAAAAAAAAAAUGUACAGAAAAUACAAAAUAGUAUUUGAUUCGUUUAAAUCACAUAAGAACCUACAAACUACAAAUAAAUACAAUUUGUAUUUAUUUAAUAAAUUGGAGGAUUUGCUGUUGAUCGUUGCUGUAUUUCGUUAUCUCAGUGCGUGGUUGGUUAGUGAUCCGAUAGAUACAAUAAUAUUUUUUUUUAAAUUUCGUCGGACCGCGUCAGUCAUCCGAACGCAUCAAAUUAUUACGACCGGUGCGUAUAUACCGUACGCGCCAUUUAAUAUUUUUAUAUUUUCGGCGGAUUUAUUUCACCAUACCUAUAGUGAUAUACGAUUUUCAAUUAUUUUGUAUACGUUCUUAUCGUGUAUAUAUGUGUGUAUAUUUAUAUAUAAGAGACUUCAGUCUGCUCGGUCUACCAUAAGAUAAUGACAAUAAAUUACACGCGUUAUUGGCGUGUGCGUCGCUGGUAUCGUGUACUCGGCGGAACCCUCUAUAUAAAGAGACCCGACGGAGAAACUUCGACUAUUUUCUUAUUACGCGAGUAUUACAGCCGAUAAAUCACCCGAGCCUAUAAAUAUAAUUCUGUAAACUCCCCGGGCUGAUGAUAUUAUAUAGUAGGUCCGAUUUAUACUAUAAUAAUAAUAAUACGAUCGAACGCGAGUUUACGUACCGAGGAUACUGUAAUAUAAUAUUAUUAUAACAACACCGCGACAUUAAUAAUAAAUAAAAUACGCUGUCGCCCGACCCGCGCCGCCGCUGUGUAGUUGUUUACGGUAGGUUUCAUACGCGGCUACCGAGCCAGGGAUACACUCACUUUUCCCCAAAUGAUAAUAAAAAUAAUACGACCGAAAUAUCGAGAUCCAGGUACGCCAACUUCAAAGCAUAAAAAUCUCGUUCGAAUUUCAAACCUGACACUAUUCCGAAGAAAUUGACGUCCAACGAAGUGUAAACCUGAAACCUAAAACCUUUUAGCGGUGGAAAACCACGUCAAAUGUAAAUAAAGGUAGGGGCGGAAAGGAAUUGCUACGCCGGGCGAAUCACAUUCCGAAAUAGAAAAGCAUUGUUUAUCACGAUUUAGGGUCGUCAUUUUGUUGUUAUUAAUCUCGUACCGUUAUGAAUUAUAAUAGUUGGCGCUUUUGUUUUGUCGUAGUGUUUCUUGUCACCUGGGGAGAAGUGAUAUUUUUGUUGUUGUAACUCGUAUGUAUCACUUAAAAUACAAAUAAUCGUUGAAUGAUAUCUAAUAUGUAUUAAUGUUAAAUGAAAUAUAAGUGAGAAAACGAAACGAGUGCCGUUGAAUUAUUUUCCCGAAGAAAAAAUAAUGAAAUAGAAUUGUCACGUAGUUAACGGAAUGAAAGUAAUUAACACAUUGCGGUCCUUCCGUUAUAGAUUAGAUUAGCUAGUUCAAACGAUUAUAGUAAGCGUUUAAUUUGACUCGUUAUUAUUUAGAACACAUUUUUUUUUUUUAUUUGUUUUUAUGUCGGGGGCCCCAAAUUCUUAUUGGUGAAAAGUCUAGGUGGGUGAUUCCAGUGGGCAUAUGGUAUUGUUUCUGUUGGGUGGAGAAAUUCACUUUAAAGUUGACAAUACCAUUCUUUUUGUGAGACGGGAUCUGAAUACCUGUCGUAUAAGAGGUGACAAAUAGUUUGACUGAUUGUUCCGUAGGUUAAACACAGGGCGAAUAAAAUACUUUAUAAUUAAAAUUAGUGAAAGAGACAACCAGUAUUUUUAAUGAGUUCCGUUCGGAAUUGAUUUUUGUUUUGCAAUAAUUUAAUUACCUUAUGUCAUAUAUAUAACCUCCUCACUUCUCACCUUCCCCCCCCCCCCCCCGGUNNNCCUCGGUAUUGGAAAUACACCCGCCACUUGUUACUACCGUGAAGAAAUGCCUCAAGUGGUGGGUCACCAUCGUUUAUUCAGCAAACAAAAACAACAUUACAAUAAUAAUUUAAAAUACAAUUAUCUCAUCUGUUAUACAAUAAUAAUACAUUUUGCAAAGUAAAUUGUAAUCCUGUUCGGCUUUUUUUUAAUUUCGAUUUUUUUUUUGUUCCCCACAGCGCAAGUAGUAGCUGGACCCAACGUGGUUCGGAUAGUCCGCGUUGACGUGCCCACCAUAUUUCCGGUGUACGAUCCGAGCAAACCCGUAAAAGAUCAGCCGACGUUGAUAUUUGAAUGUGCGUACAAGCUAAAAGGCGGUGAGAACGACGGCGAGAACGGAGAGGUGCGCCCGACCAACGCGACGCCUGUGGGAACGACGACGCCGUCACCGGAACUGGCCUUGGACGAUGCCAUCGAUAAAGAGCAAAGGGAACGUGGCCUCGUUAUCAAGUGGUACUUCCGGCGGAACCCGAUACCCGAUGACCCGGACCCGAUGGCCAAGUUCAACGACAACGAGCAGGUGUACCAGUGGAUGCCCGGUGAACCUGGUGGCCCGCUGGGAGCCUUGCUCGGCCACGCAGUCGAUAUCACAGAUGAAACACCACGUAAAGACAAAACCUCCCUGCACCGUGUCAUUCGCGUCGAACGCCCGAGCUUUUAUCUCACCGGCGAGUACAGGUGUCAGGUGGAAGAUUGGACCGCUGAGCGCCGGUCUGCCUGGCAACCAAUAGUGAUCUACUGUAAGUACUACCAUUUUUCUUUUUCAUAUUAUGCUUUUUGAUCCAACAGUUUUUUUUUCUAACACUUCUCUAUUGUACAUACAAUUAUUAUAGGUGCGCGAUUUAUCACCCGUUUCGUUAUACAAAUAUACUUGGAUGUAUAAUUUAUGUAUUUAUAUCAUGUAUAUUGCACGUAUUAUACGUCUAGGUUUUAUCGAAUCGAAGACAAUUUCGAGUUUUAUCUUUGGAAGGCUAUUUGCAUUUUCCUGCACACACAAUGUUUAUGAGCAAAAAGGAAAACGAAAUAUUACGAUAUUAGGCUCUGAUUGAUCUUGGAUAAUUUUCCGGAGGAUUAACGCCCUUAUUGCGGCUGGGGUCUGGAGUUCGGUCUCUCUAUGCACGGUCCAUACAGUUGUUAGGUUUAUGAAAUCAAUCAUGAUAUUGUUCCGUCGAAAUUAUGUCUAGACGAUAGGUACUUGAAACACUUCGAUAUCUAAGAUAAAUCGUUUGCAAUAACAUUAUAUUUACGAGUAUUAUUGUAAAUUAAUGUAUUUUACCGUUUUUUUUUAUCUAAAAAAAUAUUAAAUUCCAUUCACUCGCAUAAUAUUCUGUUAUCGUCGGGUUAUCUUGGUUGUUCUCUGAACUUUUCACGUUCAAUUAUUCGUUUUUCAACUCAUAUCUUUGCAAACGGCACUGUUGGAUGAAACUUUUUGAAUAUUUUUACCGUCCCGAAAAGUAUAGUAUAGCAUAGUUUUCGCGAGAACAAGUUUUUUCAUUCCACUUGGUAUCUAAAAUUUUAACGUGUUCGUGAUAAUUCUUCAAAUGCAGUGAUCUUUGAAUUUUAUUUUUAACGAAACUUGUUUUAAAUGCACAAUACAUAACAUCGUUUCAAAUUGUAACUUACAAGUUUUGUAAUACUAAAAAGUAAAAAUACAACUUUCUUUUAAUGUUAUAAUAUUAUUUCUGUAUAAAUUAACUCUCAGUAAAACUUUCAGUAAAUUUACUUAACUCAUUAUUCUACAAAAUUACACUUCUAUAAAGAUAAAAACCAGAGUCAAAAACAGUUUUGAAAAAUAAAAAUAAAAAUAAAAAUAAAAAAAAGAUGAAGGUAUACUUCGCAAUAUAAGUGGGCUAUUGUUGUAGGUGGGAAGUUGGGAAACCAGGAUAAUAUUACAUAAUAUAUCUAUGGAGCAAUUAAUUAUUUAGUUUAUAUCUGUAUAUGUAACAAUAAAUCAAAUUACAAAUAAAAACCGAUUUUAGAGCAAAGUUCGGUAAAACAUUUUUUGGUAAAAUUUUAAAUGAAAAUUAUAUUUAUUUGAAACUAUAAAAUAAAUUACAAUUAUUCGUGUUUUAUCAUAAAUUAGAAUUUAAAACGCCGAUAAAAAUAAAUAAAACACUAAACAAUUUUAACAAGACAAAAAACGCCAAAGUAUACCUAUUUGUUUUGAAAUGUUCAAACCCGUUAUUGGGUAAACAAAUUCUCGGUUUUUCCCCAUUCUUGCAUAAACUACACUUAGUAAAAUCGAAAAAUGCUCGCCUUAACUCGCCGAUUAGAUAAAAUCCACUGGUAAAAAUCUCCUUUGAAAUCGAUGAUCGGAGCGAAAUUUCCUGUAAAAAAGUUUUUUAUAAACAGAAAGUAGGAACAAAAAAGCACGCACAUCGUUACAGUAAAUCCAAUGUAGCUAAACGUUAAACGCUCAGAAUUUAAAAAAUACGAUUAAUUUGUUUAUCGUGUUUAAAAUAAUGUUUAUAAUAAUAUCAAUACGUCGGUUUACAAAGUCCAUAACACGUCGUUAAAAGAAAAUAUAAAAAAAAUAAACCCCAUGUUAAUUAAUAAAGCGACAAAGCGUUUACAACCGUUUCGUGUGUGCGUGUUUUGAAUAUUAACGUUAUAAACACUUGUUUUAUAUUUUUUGAACACACAUAAUACUCAAUAUUUUAUUUGUUACCGUUGCACGUAGGUCGUUUAUAUUUUUGUUUGUAUAGUUUGUAUAUAUUUAAUUUUUUUUUUUUAUAAUAAUAUAAUAGAGAAAUGAUAAGAGAAAAUAAUAUUUACCUACUGAAAAAACGAAGUUAUGAAAAAACAACAAACAAACAAACAAGUACUACCUACGAUUAAAUUCAAUUUAAUUUAAUAAUACUGUUAUCAGCGACUACGGCGGAAACAAGUCGAUAUUUGUAAAAACGAUCGUAGAUAAUAACAUUUAUAUUAGAAUAUUUUCGUCGAACGUAUUCGAAAGCAUCAUAAAUUCGAAAAUCGACGAUCAUUUUGUAUAAUCGGUUUGAAUUCUGAGCAAAACGAGGAAAUUAUUGGUUUUACUAUUUUUUCGUUUGUUUUUUUGUGUGCACGUGUAAACAAUUUACGUAUCAGUAUCAUUUGCUCCGAUCGAAUACAUUAUAAGAACUUUCUUGUAGCAUUUUUGAUCUAGUUUGGUGCGUAGGUCACAUUUUUGAUUUUCUUGGUAUUUUUUUAUGAAUGGGAAAACCUGGCAAUUGAUUGUUGAUUUCAUGGAUUACCUUGACAACGAAAGGAGAAUUACGACUAAUAAUACUGUGAUCAGGACCGUUUAAUCGUUAGCAAUGGUUUGUCAUUGCCUACAGGUAUAAAUUAAAUUAUAAUACGUAAUUAUAUAUAUGUAUGUAUGCACACACUUCCAUCGAGUUUCUCUUCUAAAACAGGGACACAGCCACAUCGGCCUGUUGUUAGGAUUCUAUUAACAAUAAAGCCGAUUGACAUUUAUAUUAAGAGCUUAUUAUUUAAUCCUCGUUUUAGGUACUUAUGUACGCGGUACGUGCAUGUGGUACGUGGUAUACGGUAUGCGCUGCGCGAUUACACUGCGAAGUAUAAUGAGACGGGAUUAAUAUACGCGAAUAUUAUAUUAAACCCAGGUAUGUGCACAUUAUAGGGAAGCUAUCAAAAGCAAACUCCUCGCAAGGUUCCCAAUGCGUUUAAUCCAGUAUUGACUAAAUUAUAAUGAUACAUACUUACUUAAGGUGCUUACCUACUGUUCCGGUAACUUGCCUAAUACUGUAGUUACUACAUAGAAUUUUACCGGCGACCUGUGUGUACUGUACAGGUACAGCAUAAACAGUUCAUGGGUAAAACGUUUUUGUUUUUGUUUUUUUUUGUUUUGAACAGUUGAAUAAAGGCGAUUAUUAAUUGGGGAUGGGAUGCCUUCGAUACCUUUGACAUAAUAUCGAAAACGAGGUGAUUUCGGUAUUGUUUUCGAUAUUUAAUCAUGUUAAUUAAAAUGAAAGGCUGUAACGUGAUAACCAUGCCACACGUACAUCGUUAGAUUAGAUUAGAUUCAAUAAAUUAGUAUUUUUCUCAUUUUAUAAUAAUGUUUUUUUGCAUUUAAAUUGUACACAUAUUUUUUUUUUAUAAUACAAAUGAUUUAUAUGUAUUCUACUUGUAUUUCAUUUUUAUUUUUAAACAUAGGUAUCGAAAAUUGAGUGUCAGUAUCGGGUAUCGAGUUCUAAAUUUAUCGGUAUCGGUAUCGUCCAUCUCUAGCAAUUAUCAAUAAAUCGGGAAAUCGAAAAAAAAAACAUCCUCUUGCAAUAAUAUUUCCAGUAUAAUUCAAAUUAGUGUAAUGUAAUGAUGUAUUCAAUUUGAUGAUACACACUUAUAUUAGUGAACUUUGAUAGUUUAACAAUAUUAUUGAAAAAUAUUUUUUUUUUUUCUGUUUGUACGCAUACAACACAAACAUUUUUAGUAAACGUACAGGACUAAAAUAAAAAUUAUGAAUUAAAUAUUAAAUUAAAUAAAUUAAAAUAAAAACGAAAGGAAUCAUUUAAUUCUAUUUCCAUCCAAAAUAAUCUAUUAUUAUUAUUAUUUUUUUUUUUUUUCCUAUAGCUUAUUAGAGAAAUUAUUUCCUGUUAAAUUUUGAUGGGAAACUUUUUACCGAAGAUUUUUUUUCAUUAUCUAAUCAAAAUUAAUCCAAAAGCGUUUUUUUAUUAUACAUAUUUUCGGGGUCGAUUGUUUUAGACAUUUAAUGACGUUCACGUAGACAAGUCUACAAGAAACCAUUCAAGAUGGUUUAGCAUAAUAUCUCUCGACUUAUUAUCGUAUAUACCUGUUUAACAUUUUGGAUCACAAAAGCCGUUCUUAUUCCAUUUCACCCAUUCACCGCUCGUCGUCUCUUCCCGAGGAGUUCCAAGUUUCGCUUAUACAAUAUAAUAAUAUAAUUAACAAAACUUUACGAACAAUAUAAUAGUCGUUUUUAUUAAAACCUUUCAAAACUAUACUACCUUGUUUAUUAUGCUUUUACGGUAAAUUUGGCACAAAUAUCGUUAUCUAAUCGUAUUAUACAGCAGUGUACAUUAUUAUUUAAAUGAUUUCGGAUGAAAACUUUUUUGUCUUCCGAAUUUUCAUUCCGCCUCGCCGUCUGCGCCAGUCAAUUUUCAAGUUAGUUUGGUGUUUCUUUAUUGUAUCGUGUAAAUCAUUAUUAUUAUUUUUUUGUUUUGUUUUUAAUUUCGAAAAAAAAAAUAAACGGUCGAUUCGAUUUGCAUUUCUUUAAGUCGUAUAUUACAAUAAUUUGUAAUUUAUUACAUUCGGAACGAGAGGGAGCAUUAUUUUCACCAAGUUCGGAUGAUAAUGAUUACAGUUUUUGUUUGUGUGUGUGCGAAUUGUUUCUACGUUUUGUAAUAAAGUUUUUGAUUUUUUUUUUUUUUUUGUAAGUAAUGCACUAUAAUGUCGCGUUGUCGCAAUCGUUCUAUUUAAAACGUAUUUAUCUUUUUCGCAUAAAGUAAAUACCAAAAACACAUUAUACAUUAAGUAUUAACUACUAUGUUUUAGAUUCUGAACAAAGCGAGUAAUGUAUUGGUUUUACUAUGAUGUGUUUUUUUUUUUUAUUAUUAUUUGUAACAAACUUUUCUAACAGAAAUCUUGCUUCAAUCAAAAACUUUAUUUCAUAGAAACUUGUUUGUAUCAUUUUUAAUAUAGUUGGUAAAUUUUUGAUUUACUCGGAAAAUACUAGUUUUCCGGUUGGUAAAAAAUUCUCCAAACUGUUCGCAUAAUCGUAUUUUACAACAAAAUAUGCCGAUAAAUUGGUUUUAUUUCGUUGAUUUCUCAGUAACUUUGUCUAUAUGGGAAAAACACUACUAAUGAUCUAUAAGCCCUACCCGCAGUUGCCACGGCUUCGCCCAGAUUCGUUUUUCGUUUUAUCAUUACUUACAGCACCUAUAAAAAAGUAAUUAUUACGAAUAACCCAUGCAAAUUUUUCAUCUAAUACAGUUGCGGUGGUCUAUCCAUAUGAUGUGAAAUACGUCCGGAUUUUCUUUUUGUUAAAACCCAAAAACGAAGAGGACCCUGGAGCAUUCGAAAAUAUUUUUCAACAACGUCUUAUUGGUUAUCGAUAUUUUCGUAUUCGUUUAUAGGUACUUAUACUAACUUCUGUUCCUUUUAAGUUCGGUGUAUUUUUUUUUUUUUUUGUAUUUCAAAUUCUAUAUUGGCAAACAAUGCAAACAUGCAUUUUCAACUUAAACCGUAUCGUCGUCGUUGCUGUUCAAUAUAGCAUUGUCGCAGCACAGGUUUAUAAAUAAAAAAAAAAAAUAAUAAAAUCGAAACUCAAAAGAAAAAUAAGAACAAAAACGUGACGUGCGCACGCACCUCGAAAGAUCAUCGAAACGAAAAACGGUUAUUAAAAUAAUUAUUUUUCUAUACAUACCUAUAUAAUAAUAUUGUAGUAGGUAGUGUUAAAAUAGUAAUAGAAAAAAUAAUUGAAAUAUUAUGAUCUUAUGGUAUCGGUAUCCCGGAGAAGGAAUCAUAUUUUCAUGACGCGUGAGUAUAUUAAGGUUAUAAUUUUCAAAUAGUAUUGACUAGAAGUAGGUACGCAAGUAUCGAGCCUAGGUAAUAAUGGCCAAGAAAAAAUUGCCAGAAAAAAAUACGCAUAGUAGAAAAAAUUGAACAUUUUUUUUAUCUCCAUAUUUUUGGCCAUUCUUUCAUUCUAGUUAUUUUGGAACAUGGUAAUUUUUUCCGUAGUAAUAUUUUGAAUUGACUGCCGACUACCUAUGGUCAUCUAUAAUGAUAACUAUCAUUGGCGAAUAUUAGGGGGGUAAGAUUGUUUUUAAGCCGUGGAAGGUUUUAGUCCCUCUAAAACACUUUUAAAUUGAUUUUUCAAACAUUUACUCGUCAAAAUUAUUAUUCCUAUUCAUAUUUCGCAAACAUGUACGAUUUAUUUAUUUUUUUUUGCAAAUUGUCAACAGUGAUAAUAAAAUAUAAAAAUAGCUUUUGUCGCUUUUAAAAUUUAAAAAAUUUAUACAAUAUUACCUAUACAUAUUCUUUUAUAAAUGUCCUCGUAGCUAGAAAAAGGUAGGAAUUAGUAGGUAGGUUAAAGCGUAAAGCGUGGACAAUUUCCCUAACGUCCGGUAGGGUAAAAUUGUGUAAAAGUGUCAAGCUUCCUCACAGAUGCGCCGAAAAUAUAUCCUCCGAUGGUAAAUCAUAGAAUAAUAAUUUCGGUUUUUUUAUUAUUCUACUAUAAUAUUGUACAAAAGUCGUUCUACGGUUUCCCUUCGUUUCCAGUGUGUAAUAAUUUCCUGUUCCCUAAUAUGUACGCACGUCGCCGCAGACAGGGCCGUAUUAUACAUUAUUAUAAUAUUCCGCAGCCACCGGAAACACGAGCACUUCGAAGCUAUUAAAAUAUGCGCACAUUAUGUUUAACAAUCCACCGUAACGAUAUCGGUUUAAACAACAAUAUUUUAAACAGAAUUUAAUAUUUCCAAACACACGCAAUAGACAUUGGAUAAAACACAAGUCACAAAGUGAGAUGAAAACGGUACAAUAAUAUUAUAUUACAAUGUUUUCCAACAAUCACUUUUACAUAUUAUUGUUAUUAUAAAACCCGUUUCGAGUGGCUUUUGACACGAAAAUUUGAUGUAAGUCUCCGUCGUAUAGAAUGUUUUUACACGUAGACAAAAUCAUAUAAUAUUAAUAUGUCGUUCUCAUAUACUCCAUUAGGAUUUAUCAGGGCCUAGGGGGCUAUUAUAUUUUAAAUCAUCAAAGCUUUUGAGCUCUUUGCGUUGAAUUAUUCUUUAAAAGCUUUAAAAGUUAAAAGCCUUUGUCGGAAUAAAAAAAACACUAUCAUUAUAAUCGGAGUCCCAAUCUGAAUCUCAUUAGUUUUACGUUCAACAUUCAAACCUCUGUAAUCAAAUUCGCUAAAAAUAUCACGCAUUAAAUUGUUAAAUAACGUUAUUUUUAAUUAGUCAACUAUGCAUACAUUUUUAAACCUAUUUUAUUAUACACUUUAGUUCAUGAUAUAUUAAAACAUGAAUUUUUGGUUAAAAAACAAAAGUUUUUAAUUUUUUUUUUAAAUUCUGUUAAAAAUCAAUAGUAAUACAAAUUUUAAAAAGCCAAACCUAAUAUUAUGCUUCGAAUCAUUGGUGAACUACAGUUCUAAGUGGGACGUUUGGAGGUAUAUAAGACAUAGAAUAAUUUUUUUUUACAUAUGAAAGCAACGACAAAUCAUUGCAACCAAAAAACAAUUCUGAACUGAACUCGGAAACUGGUGGGGUGGUUUUUCUCGUAGCCAAGUGGUAACCUAGAUAUCAACAAAUAUUAAACCGAUGUAUUAACAUUUGUUCUCGGAUUAUUUAAUUUUCUAGAAUAUCUGUUAGAAAUGUAAAAAAAUUUAUAAAAUAAAGUACCAGAUGUUUAAAAUUUGGGAUCUUUUAAAGUACUGCUUGGAAACUGCUUUUACUCGUCAAAAUUACUGUUCUAAGAAAUACAUAAUGAGCAAAUUUUUAGAAAGUUGAUAAUGAAUUUAGUAUUAUUUGGUAUUGUCACGUUCGUGAUUGCAUAUAUGCAAAAUAAAUCAAAUAUAUCAAUUUUGUAAUGUUGUAAUAUACUAUGUCUAAUAACUAUAAUAAUUGUUAUUUGUGGGAAUUUUCCAUUAUUUUUUUUUUUUUUUUAUGUAAUUUUUCUUGUAUUUAAUUCGGGUAUUAAUUAUUUUUAUCUCGUUCGUUUCAAGACUUUUGACAUCUCGUAAAAAAAUAUCGUUGACGACGCGAUGAUGUAUACGGACUACUUCAAGUGUAAAUAAGACCCGUAAAAAUCCGAUGAUGGCCUAAAUUAUUGAUGGCGGAACAAAAAAAAAAAAAUAAUAAGAAGAGUGUACCUACCUACAUAAUAAUAAUAAUGAUAACAACGGUGAUGAUAAUAAUAAUAAUAAUAAUAAUAAUGAUAAUAAUAUAAUUCGACGUGAUGGAAAUCACGACCGCACGCGCUCGCUCACGUAUCCGGUUAAAUGCACAGUGCGGUUGGUCGUCGCGUGUACGUGUCGUUCUUUCGCGACGACAAUUCGAGCAAUAUUCUGUUUGCCUCCCUCCCACUUCCCCUUCAAACCGUAAUAUUAUAUUAGUAUUGUAAUUUAAGGUUUCUUACGAUGAUUUUGCAUGUAUUGUUAUAAAUUCAAACACGUACGUUUUAAAUUACAUAUACAAUUAUGUUAACUUUAUUUGCUCAAUGUGUAUAGCUAUUAUAAUUAUAUUCAUCAACUAAACGGUUAUUAAAAAAAAGUUGAAAACUGCAGUUAUACAUUAAUUUUGGGUAUAUAUAAUAUACUUAAGAUAUAUUUUUUAUUUGUUAUUAAUUCUAACUAUAUUUUGAAAAAUAUAAUCAAAAAAACUGAAUCUCUUUAUCUUCGAAGUGCUUAUGAAAAAAAAGAUUAAGUCCAAUCCACGACGAAUUUUUCACUAUGUUAAAGACGUCGAUUGAAACUCCUAGAAUAAAUGAACUGUAUACCUUCUAAAAUAUAGUUUAAGCUGUUUUAUUUUUCAAUUAGAACCUGCUGUAACUAUAGAUAAAACAUUGUUUUUUUUUUUUUUUAUAUAAUAUACAAUAAAUAAAUUAUCAUUUGUCGUUAUAAAAAUAAUUAAUUAUGCAUCGGAUUAUCAUUUUAUAUUGUUUUAUUUUUUUAUUGUAAAAUUAAUCAAUUCGUUCAAUUUGUGUUUACGGGGGUGGAUGUGGAAAAAUAAUUAUUACCUAUCUGUUAUAUUAUAUAAAACGACCAAAGUAUAAUAAAACUGUCGUCCGUUAUUGAUAUUUUCUCAUAUUCGAGCAUCAAAGCAGUGUCGAUUAUCAUGUUUUAAAAGUCCAUGAUAUUACCCGCUGUUUUUUAUGAAUAACCGUCAUCAAAUCCGGGGACAACAAUUCUACUCAGUUGUUUGGUCAACAAAUUAAAAAAAAAUAUUUAUAAAAUAUUAUGAUAAUAUUUUUACUGUAAAACAGACAGGCACUUAUAUACAAUGAGUCCUUUUUUUUUUUAACUUAAAUAUUUAUACUAAAAUGUUUAUGAUUGCUACAGUUUUAUUAGAUAUUAGUUUGUAGUAGUAUUUAAAAUCAGGGAAUUUAUCAUACAAAUUGUUUUUGAGAAGGUUGAAAGUUGAUCAAGAACGUGCUUUUGGGAUUACAUUCAUGAUACUUACACCGUGCGGACACAAAAUGUCAUCCUCCUAGUUUCAUUUAGAGGGUCUGUUAUGAUGUACAAAGCUUAAAUAUUGUCCUCCGUCUGCAACAACAUGGUGAAAUUCAUAUUGAAAUUUAACCGGGAUUUUAACACUUCAAUCCGCCUACAAAACAACUCUAGUUCCUGAGUUUGAGUUAAUUUGAUCAGAAGGGCAACAUAAAAAAAAUCGAGCUGUAUUCACAUAUUAGUAUUGUUAUAUAAAUUAUACAAGCUAUACGACGGUGAAAAAAUUAAUGUUAAAAAAAUAUUUUGUAUUGAGUUUUUCGGCCCUGCGACUGUUUUCAAACGGGAAUCAUUUUUGUCCCGUUUCCCCCGUUUCGUAUACCUACCUACCGGCUAUCAGGACUAAAAUGUUAUUAUAUACAAACGCGCCACCGUGUUCAAAAACACGAUUUUCAGCGCUGUAUAGUGACUGUAUAAUGUAGAGAGGUCAACCGUGCUGUUAACUCCCCCUACCCUCCCCCCCCGAAGGCCGUAACCAAUUCCGAAAUAAAAUUACGCCGUAUAUAUUAUUCAAUACAAUAUAAAGCUCGGCUGCGAUGAAAUUCGAUAAAAUCCCCGCGAAUCCCUAUUUUAUAAAUUAUUGUAUUAUUAAUAUUAUUAUUAUACGUCCGCGCUCCGGUGUAUAGGACCGUAUUGUGUACAUGUAUACCGCGCGUUUAUGUGUUUGCAAUAAUGGCCGUCUGUUAUUAUUAUUAUUAUUAUCAUCAUUAUUAUUAUUUUAUUGUUACUAUGUAAAACGGUGAAUAGCACUUGUUCGAAAUACGAUAAGAACCGAGCGCCGAAAAAUGACGGUGGCCGCCCUUAAAGGUUCCGAAAUGUUACGAAUAUAAUGAGUUGCAUUCAUUCGUGGGUACGCGUUUUGUUACAGUGUUAAUAGUGAUAAUAGCUAUUGUAACGCCCGGCACUUUCUCCGAAAUUCUGGAAGAAAAAAAAAAAAAAAAUUAGAUUAUGCCAACUUAGAUUAUUUCCAUCGUGGUAAUUUCAUUUGAAAUUAUUGACAAUAUUUUUGUCAUUGUCGUAUCAUUUACGAAAAAGCGCCCCAGUCCCACAUAGGCACACAAUAAAUUGUCUAGGAAUGAUGACUGUUUUGCAUGUGAUACACCGAAGUCGACAUAACAUGUGCAAGAGACAGGGUGACGUGUUUUUUUCCCGUUGGGAACAAUUUAUUUAUAUGUUUUAUUUUUUUUUUUUAAAGAAAAUUAUGAAAAAAAAUCUGAAAACCAUAGACUCGUAGAAGAAAAACCACAGACGAGUUUGUUUAUCAUGACAAAUACGAAUUAUCGCAAUUCACGAGACUUUUUAAUUCCAUAAAACGAACUACGUUUUACCGUCACUGUUUACUAAUCCAAAGAUAAUUUGAUAAGGAUAAAAUAUUACACGGCAUUACAUUUCAGUACGUUUAAAAAAUGUUUGGUAAAACCGUAAGUGCACUGUUCGUAUCGCGACUUCGUGAUUUUCCCGGUCUAGUUAUCUUAUGUUAUGUCAAUCAUAUUUUGCAGUAAAGAUUAGUUUUAAAAUAUCUAGAUAACGAUGAGAGAUGAUUUCCGGAAUAAUAAUUAUUAUCUAGACGAAGAUAAAGGACAGGUGCGAAAUCGAUUUACAUAACAGUUAUUAUAGCAGUUAUGCGAAUUGAAUAUUUUACCUAAUGUCUGUUUUGGAUAACUUAUUAACCGUUAAUUACGUAUGAGUCCCUGUCGUUCAUUUUCGGUUCGUUUCCCGCGCCCACCGCCUCCGGACUCCGGUGCGCGCGUCACGUGCUUAAAAAACUACAUGCGCGCUAUUCGGACGGCAAUAUUACUAUUAAGUAUUAUUAUUAUUUUCGCAUGCACGUGUACAUUGUGUACGGCCGUAUUUAUACAUUAUUAUCUACGUAUUUGUGUAUAUCGUGUUAUAUAUUAUUAUAUUAGCGGCCGAAUUUGUAUUGUGCGUGAGGCGGGAGGAGGCGAGACGGGAAGAAAAGUCACUGUCGCGCGUCGUCGCCACGACGACAAUAACACAAUAAUAACAUAUUUCGCGGUAGCCGAGAGAAGAGACAUAUUAUCAAAAAAAGAAAGAAAAAAAAAAAAAAAAAAAAAUAAAUAAAAAAAAAUGUGUCAGAUAUUCAGAUCGAAAGAUACGUGACCGACGACGGUGGCGACGGUGGUCAUCCACAAUGUGAUGAUAAUUAUUUUCGUAUUUUUUUUUUUUUUUUUUUUUUUUUUUUUUUCUGUCGUCCGACGAUUGUGCGUUCGUAAUGAAUGGCCCGACGCUGACUAGCGCGCGCGCGCGCCCGCUCCCAAUAACCUAAUUAGUCGCGCGGAAUGGGUAUACGGCGUGUUUACCGUGCGAAUCGCCGGAGAAAAAAUCCGUUCUUAUUCCCCGCCCCACCCACCGCCACCACCGGUUCGCGAAUCGCACCGUUUACGCAUAAAAUUACCGUCGACCGCCUUGUGUUAUUGCACGCGAUCCGAUUUCCGGCGAAACGGGGGUAUCGAGCGCGUCCGUCUGCAUUUCGGCGCGAAGCAAUACGAAUUUUUAAUUUUUCACCGGCGAAUCGACCAGCCGCAGCCGCGAGUUCCGAUCGAUUCGCGGAUCAUUCGGAAAAACUCGGGACGACAGCUGCAUGCAAUUAUAUUACAAUAUCGUCGGUUGUACCGCAACAGCGUGUACCUCGGUUUUCGCGCAGUUUCACAGGGCGGCCGACGUGCUCGUACACAUUUCAGAAAACAAUACCUAAUAAUUAUCUCCACUCGUGCCGUAAGCGACGAUAUUUUUGCCGCGGAAAAAACGACACUUUUUUCGUGUCGGCACACGUGAAGCGGCCAGGCGGUAUAAUGUUAUAAUUUUCGUUUUUAUAAUUUUAAUAAUAUAUUUGGUUUUUUUUUUUUUUGGCUUGCGUACAAAUUCGGUCGAUGUUUUAUAUAUAUUAAAAAAAAAAAAUGAAUACUAUACUAUACCGCCCGCGUGUAAAACCGUGAAUAGUUUUAUUUAUAAAUAUGCUUGAAAGAAGUCUAUAUUAUUAUAUUAUGAUUCGUGUGUGUCCACAGCGCGCGGGGAUUCAAGCCACCGUGGGUCCUUAAAUUAUUUGGCACGAAACGAACAGAAAAUUUAAUUUUUAUUAAUAUAAUAUAAAAAUGUUAAUUUGAGCGGAUAAAAAAAAAAAAAAAAACACUCCCUAAACAGUUCAGAAGUUAAAUUGGAUAAAAGUGAAUUUCGGGUACUAUAUGUACUCAAAAGGUUUUGUUGAACAACUUCUAAUUAUUGUGAUUUUUAAAACAAAAAGGUAUAAAUAACGGCGAGUUUAGACGAAAAUUAAUGAAAAAAGUUUAAUUCAAAUUAAAAAAAAAUAAUAAUAACGAUAAAAUGUCUUUUAAACGUAACGGUUCUGAUAGAUUCCGCGAAAGAGUCUCUUUAAAAAAGUACAAUGUUUAUAUAAAAGCUUAUCGUCGGAACUUUAUUUUAAUAAAAACAAGUCUCGCUGAAACAACGAUUUAAAUUAUUUUUUAAAUAUUCAAUUCGUUUAAACAAUAAACGCGAGAUGUCGACCGUGCGAUUUACAGUAUUAAUUUUAGUUAGGUAUUUCACCCAAACGAACCUCCAGUCCACCGUGCACUUUACGGAUCGUUUAGAUACACAUCGUCGGGUGAUUUUCAUUCUCUUUUUUUUUUUUUAUAAAUUCGAUAGAAGUAUAAUAAACGAACGUUUAAAUCGUCCUUGGCAUUAUUUCAUGACCGUGUACAUAACAAUGAUCAUUGUAAAUCACUGCGAAUAAAACAACAAUAUCUCAAAGAGGAAAAGUGCAUUUGCACGUAUCUACUGCUUCAGUACAGAUACAUACAAUGAAACAUCAAAUUAGAAGACGCCUGCACACUUUCAUCAAAACCUAUUGUUUCUGCAUGUUUAAUUCGUUUAGUAUUACGAUCGUUGCAUUAUAUACGUUAAAAACAGCUUGUGAUAUUGUACCAGUUUCAAUUUUACUCGGUUUCUUCAAGUAUAUCUACUGGCUACAAAUAUUUUAGUAUGCAUUUUUUUUCAGUGUUUUUCCAUGUCUUCGGAGGACCAAGACUCGGUUUAUGUUUAGAAUACUCGCCGUAGACGAAAUUAGGAUGUUAGACUGUAAUUAUCCAUUUUUUUAAAAAAAUUAAAAUUGUGGUAUUUUACUCCCCUAAAUCCACUACUGGCAAACCCGUAUAUUUCUAUAUCCCACACACGUCUUGAGACUUUGAAGAGGUUUAGAAAAAUGUAUUCUAAAUGUCUCUGAUAUAGCGAUGAUACGAAAUUGUUUUUACGACGACGGCAACUUGUAUAUGUUGUUGUACAUUUUAGAUUUCAUCGAACGGACGAAAUUGUUAAAUGUUAUUACGGACCGCUACACGCUGUUAAUAUUAUUAUAAUUUUUCGAAAAUAUAAUCAUAAAACGACUUGAUUUGCGAAACUUCCGAGGGACGGAGAAAUAGCGAAAAAGAAAUAAUAAGAUCGAAAAGUUAUGACGUCUUCGCGAGGGAAAACUUUUAAUUAUUUGCUCGUUAUUUAUCUCGCUCGUUUAAAAGACGGGGGAAAAAACCCUAAACUCGACAUAAACUUCUAUUGAGUUUUGUCAGAAAACGUUAAUUGGAUUUUUCGAUUUUUUUUUUUUUUCAAAAAAUGACUGCGCCAUCACGGCAGUUUGUAAGGGACAGGUUAAUUAAAAACAAUGUCUAUGUGUACGCGUGUAUUAUAUUAUACUGUAAGUCGCUACGCGAAUAAGGGAGAAAACUCGGUCGGUUCGCACAAUAAUGAACAACGAAAUAUAUAACAGUGUAUAAUAUUUAUGUCGGCACGGUUUUUAUAUAAUAUUUCGCAAAUAAUAUGAUUGAAAAACUCUCGCGCGCAGCUGAGCCGCACAAGUGUUUUAAUUAUACAGGGGGGCGCAUUUUUCCAACACACUCGUUAUUUCGGAGAGAAUUUCGUCUUUUAUCGAAAUCACCCGCCGGGUUCGGCGCUUUAUGGUCUUCUACGGACACCCGUACCCGCUCGAAGUUCGCGUUCCGGGUUUCGCCUUGAACGACGCAUUCAUUCCGCCACACUCUUAUUUGCUUUGCCUUCCAGAACCCCCCGACUGUUUCUCCAGCAUUCGCUUUUUUUUCACCGUUAUUCUUCUCUUCUCUACGCGCUCUCAUAGACACACAGAUGCACGUCUUGUAAAACAUUCGUAUAAAUUCGUUAAAAAUAAACGUAUUUUAACACAGUGUGGCAAAGGAAAUAUUAUCUGGUUAGUGCACUAAAGAGGUCAAUUUUUGUUUUUAAAAUAUUUGGGAAAAACCGGAAAAAAUGUUUAGGUAAAACGUCAAAUAUUUACGGGACCCCGUGACGUUACCGAUUUCAUUGUUUUUAAUUCGUGUAAAUUAUGUUUUGUACCAGAUUUACUCCUCCAAUAUAAAAACGACAAGACACCUGUUUUGUUGAAUUUUUAAUCUUGUUAUUGAGUAAGAACGUUGUAAUUUGAUUUUCUCUGCUGGUUUUCAUAACAAUUGAAUAAAACCGAAAAAAGAGUAAAAAGAACGGGAAAAUUUACGAAAAUAAUGCCUUUAUCGUUUUCAAUUUCGAAGAAUUCUUCUGUUAUGUAUAAAUAUUUAUGCACUAUGAAAUUUGUUUAUGACGAUUAUUUUGUACCAUAAAUAAUAAAUCAUUGUAAUCUAAAAGAAUACGGGAUAAAUUAUUUAUGAAUUCCUUUCAAAAGUUACGUCAGAGCCUGUCUGUCUUACACAUAAUAUGUUUACAUCAUUUGAGGUGCUACGCACAAAACGUGUAUAAUGCGCGGCUAUCGUGUCAUAUUAUUAUGCCAACGAUAUUAAUCCAAUUUAAUACUGAUAACUUGUGUAUCUGUUCCGUUACCAUUGUUUCCGUGAUUGUUCCCAUAAUAUAACACGGUUAUCAAAAUAUAAAAACGUAUUAUCACCAGUUAGAAAUCGAGUGAUCCUGUCCUAUCUAACUUUUCAACUCUAUUCGAUUGGCGAACAGCGUAAUAUCGUUGAUCGAGCAUCUAAAUGUAUAUAAUAUUUCUAUAGCCACUGUUUCUCCGGUGUGCGCAUCUCUUCUCUGACGUGCAUUUACGUUGAUACAUAGGUACUUGACUUUUGUCACGUAUCGUUUCUCGCUCCUCUCGACGAGCCCUUUUACCAACUUGAUCUUUAUACGUGUAUAUAUGUAUUUCCCCCCCCCCGAGACCGUGCACGUACACCUAUAGUUUCUCGGCGCGCCGAAACACAAUUAUGUGUUUAAUAAUUUAUAAUAGAACCGUGAAUGCGACGGCGCGGCGGAGACGUGCGAUUUCAACGGAUCCUGCGUAUUAUUAUUAUUAUUAUUGAUCUCGGUCGAUUGUUUAUGCGCUUGUGUGCCGAUAAAAUCACGUCUACGGUGGCGGCGACGACGCUGUAGUCGUAAUAAUAAUAAUAAUAAUGUGCGAGGCGUGACGGCGGCGGCGGCGGCACGAAAUAAUAACAAUCUCACCGACGGACGAACGCGAGAAUCCGUGUUUGCAUAAUAUUUAUUUUGACAUUACGCGUUAUAGAUAUACACGCUCGUACGUAUUACAAUAACGUUGCGUGCUAUUGCGCGUGCAAUAACAAUGUACGGCCGGUCGAAUGUUCCGGCAUUUCGGCGCGGCUGCAGCUGCUGCUGCUGCUGUUGCUGCUGUACGUCGUCGUCGUCGUCGGCCCGGCGGAUUUUUCCACAAAUCCGGAGGCGACGACGACUGCGGCCGCGGCGGCGCGCAAUUGUGCGCAACGAGGCGACGACGCGAGCGAAUAAAUCGAUCAGCCGCGUCGACACAACGCCGACGAUACGGGUAGCGCGACAUUCCGCCUAUUUUUUCAUACGAUGCGAUAUAUUUUCGAAAUACGUCUCGGUGGCGGCGUGGACGUCGCGAUAUAAAUAGGCAAUUGACUACAGUGCAGGUAAUAACCGGGAAAAACCGGCGGUGCCAACAAUAGAUGUGCGCCGUGCCGCGAUUUGAGGUCGCUCAUCCAUCCGGUAUGAUAACACGGCAGGUAUAUGAAGAAGGUCCAACGAACUGAAUCCGAAAAUCGUCGACUCGUCGUGCGCGGAUUUUCACUAUUUGUCGCGGGGAAAAAUUAUAUAUAAUAUUGUUGACAUCGAUAAUCCUCUUCUCCCCCGGUUUCUAUAGGUCUCUAUUGGACCAUCCCGCUUCUCAUACCCGAUCCUCCGUCAUUCUCCGUGUUAUAUCCAUUAUUCUUUUUUCCGGUUAGAACGUCCAUUAUGUAUGUUUUCAUCAAGUUCUUUUUAGAUAACGAGCACAACGAGGAAUGUAUUGGUUUUCCUAUGAUAUGUGUAUUUUUUUUUUCUGUUUGUAAACAACUUUCACCAAAAUAUUGGUCUAAUAUUGAAGUGUAGUAUUUUUCUGACAGAAAAGUUUAUCUACUCGGUGCAUUGAGGAGGUGAUUUUUUUAAUUUUCCUUGUAGUUUUAUUAUUUACUGGGAACUACAGAGAAAAAAUUUAGGAAAAAACGUAAAAACAAAAAAAAAAACAGGAAUUUUGUAUUUAUCAGUAAGGACUGCUGCAUUUUUUUGCGGUAGCGUAUAAUUUUUUAUUGAAAUGUGCAAUAAUUAAGGAAAACUAUGCAAUGACGGCCAAAUAUGUAAAAUAGUGCAAAUAAUUAUUUAUUAUGAUUUGUAAAGAUUAUUAACGCGAAAGUCUAUAAAUAUGAAAUGGAAUGCAGUCCUAAUUAUAUAAUAGUGGGUUCCCAGCAAAAUCGCUUAAAUCGAUUUUAACAAAUUUUAAAAAACUGUGGAAAGAAAACUACAAAGGGAAUCAAAUAUGACUUCCAUAAUACACCACCUAGUUCAAAAAUGGUAAACGAACUUUCCUAUAAAGAUUUCCUUGGAAUAAGAUUUUGAGACGAGAAGUCUAUUAUUUUUACGCAAUCGAUACGCACACGAUUCCUGUGUUUGUUGUUUUAGAUACUUUGAAUGGAGUGAGGAAUAUAUUGGUUUUACACUGAUGUGUAUUAUUUUUAUUUUUUUUUGUAAACAUCUUUUCUACCAGAAAUUUUGCUCUGAUUUCCAAGUGUAACACUCUUUCUGGAAGAUAAUUUGACUGGGAUGGUACAUAAAAUUGUUUGAUUUUCCAGAAGUUUUCAUAAUAAAUCCGGGAAAAAUCGUAGGAAAAAUGGGAAAGUUUACAAAAUAUAUUAUUUUCAAAUCGUCGCAUUUCAAAACAUAAAUAAUUGAACUCCACUCAGAAUAGUUUUUCGUUAACAAUAAUUAAUCGUUGGAUACAGAUAUAAGUUAAAUUUCCCUUCUAUCUUCCUUACUUCUCACUUGCAACAAUAACUCACCGGGAUUUUUACGGGCUUUGAUAUACUUACAGUAUAUUAUACAAUAUUAUUAUUUAGAUUCUGCAAACAAGUUUAUAUUUGAGAGAAGGGGAGGUCUUCGUUUGCUAAUUUCAUAAUUCGGUUCAUCGGUUCAUUUAAUAAUUAAUGAGUUGAGCAGUAAGGCGCUUGUGUCAUAAUUGCACUUUAAAGUUGAUGAGUGAGAAGAGCAACGGGGAAUCAAAUUUAGUGAUAGUGAGGUAAAUUAAAUUAUAUAGUUAGAUAAUAGAAUGUAGGAUAUUGUAGGUUCUCUUCUAUGCGACUAUAUUAUCUGCCGUGUGAUACGAUAAAUCACGAUAAAAAUAUACGACAAACGCGAUACCGUCAAUUUUAUUUUUAAACAGACGGCCGUUGCCGUAAUAUUACGACCCUUUAUAAAACGAAAAUAUUAUCAAGCCACGUGUAUAUAAUAAAAUGUAAUAUUUAUUGCGUUACGUAUCCGUGUCGCGGUUUUUACGAGUAACCUAUAGGUAAGCGGAGAGGAGCGCGCAAAAUAUUAAAAAAAAAAAAAAGAACGAGUGGGAACGGGCUGGGAUAACACUGAGUUACCGUGGCCCUGUCGAGGGGGAGGGGGUGUUCAAUUUUCUCGAUGUAUUCCUCUGGGGUACGUCCCGACGACGACGAUCAUUAUAUUUUUACGACCCGGCCGACGAGAUUUCGGCCGAGGAAACUUGUUUUCCCAGCGGACCCGUCACUAUAAUUUUCCCGAACGAUUGACGCACACGAAACCACUCCCUCUUACCGUUCUUUUCCCCUCUCCACUCAUAGCUAUCAAUCUUAUCCGUUUUCUAAGAAUUUCUAUGUAUAAUACUAGUAUAUUAUACAGAAAACCCUUACACGCCCGUGUCGUCCGUCCUAUAUAAAUUCAUUGGCCACGGUGUAAGUAUAAUAAAAUAAUAAUACAUUUUUAAUGUAUUCGGUUUACUGCGGAUUCGAUUAUAAUUUCGAUUUUCAUUGCUACAUUAUAGACAUUGAUGUAUUAACGAAACACUCCCAGAGUAUGUGAGCAUUAUUAGACGUAAUUUCAGAUUUUUUCACGAAACACAAAAGUAAAAAUUUUACUCUGUUUACUUGUAAUAUGGGUACCAAAGUAGUUUUAGUACCUACAUACGUUGUUUCCCAAGAACUUAAAAAAACAAAGUGACUAUAUUACGAACACAAACAAUAACGUGUGCACUAUUCAGUAGAAUGGAAACGAGAAUAGAUUCUUCAAGAUGUAGAGAAAAUGACGCAGUAAUGGCGACAAGAAACUUUUAACUAUAUUAUAGUGUUUCAGUUUUGUCAAUGAAGGAAAGAAAUAGAUUGUAAAAUGUCAAUAUUACAAAUUUAAUUCCGAUUUUUAUCAAAUAUCGGAUAAAGUUACAAUUUGUAAAAAAAAAAAAAAAAAUAGAAAGAAAAUGACGUUUUUUUAGCAGGUUUAUUAUUAUUCUACGCUGUAUACUGGAAAACCGUGCGACAGAAGCGCACGUGUAUUUACUAUUAAUAUAAAAAUGUGUUGCGAAGGGAAAUUUGAUUUCGAGUGUCACGACAUACGGCAUUCGUCAUUUACACAGUAGUAAAUGCUUUUCGAGGAUCUAUGUAAUCCGGGUAGGAUUCAGAGGAAUUCACGAUAGAGAUUUUAUUGUUAUAACUUGCAAACACGGGCAAAAAUGAUAAUAUAUUCGAUGACAAUAAUUUAUUACAAAACGUCAGUAAGUUAAUUUAUCAUAGAAAAUUAGACAUAAUUAUGUACACUGUCUAUGAUAUGAAUAUAUUUUUGUUUACUGUUUUGUGUUUGUUUUUCAUCUUUGAAACAUGGCACUAUGAUAGUAAAAUAAUUAUAAUAAAAUAAUCAUCAGUUUAGUAACUAUCCAGGUAAAAUGUACCUAAAAUAAUAAUAAAAAUAAAAGUAUUCCCUAUGGUGGAAAAUAUUAUUUAACCGAGGCAAUUUUUCUUUUAGAUAAAAAUGUGUAGUUACUAACUACUUAGUGAUUUAUACACUUUGCAUUUAUACAAUUAUUUUAACCGUUCAAAAUGUUUUUAUCUUUACUGUAAUGUUCUCAACAAUUAUCUAGAUAAAUACUAGUUAACUUAUUAACUUAUCCGAGUUUAGUUUAAUUUUAUUAAUUGUAUCUUUAUGUAUAUAUGAGCAAUAGUUUAUAUUUUAUCUUUAUCUGGGUACAUUUUGUGUCUCAACAAUACUGAUUUUGAUUUAAUGUUAAAUUUAUAGGCAAAAGAAACGAAAAGUUUGUGAUGUAUAUCCACCUAUACAUUAUAUUUAGUGACGUGUUUUACCUAGUUAAAUUAUUCAGGUAUGUAGGUACUUUUAAAUUCGUUAUCAAAUAAAUAUGACAAAUAAGAAAUAAUUUAUCUAAAAUAAAUAAUUUAAUUAUUUAGUUAAAUUUAUUUAGAUACCUUUGUUUAAAUUAUAAUAAUAUACUUGUUAGAAAUAAUAAGUACCUAUAGUAAAGCAGUUAAAUUAUAUUAAUAUGGUUUAAUAAAUUAUGCAUUUAAGUUACAUAAAUCACACAAAUUCUAACCUAACCUUACCGUCCUUACGAAACGUAGAUGUCUAUCAAAUCGUAUACAUUUAUAAUAAUCAAAUUUGAGUAGGUAUUCCUAAUUCUAGGAUAGGUUUAGUAAAAACAAAAUUAUCUUCAUUUUUUUUUUUUUUAUCUAAAUACAAAGUUCCUGAGAAUCUGAUUAUCCUGAUUAUCUUUCUAGAUAAUUUUUCUAGUAAUUACUAAUUUUUUUAUUUUGAUAUUUUAAAAUUUAUCUUUGUUCAACACUGAUUACAAUGCGGAUCUAUUAUGUUUUUAGAACGUGAGUGAGAUUUACUACCUACCUAUAUGUUAAACGCACAUGCCCUUCUGUGUGCCCUAUAAAAAGAGAAAAGGAUGCGGUUUUUUAUCCGAUUUCCGGCCGAGUUGCAAUACAUUUCAUGGCGUCAAAAUAAUAUUAUGUUACUAUAGUACUUAUAGCUAUGUCAUUAAUUUUACGUCCACCCCGCGUAUAUAAUCAUACCUAUACGCGUUUAUAAUAAUAAUACAUUCAUCAAUCAUCAUAGUGAUGUCGAUUUGCAAACAUACACGGAAAUACAUUUAUACGUGAUCAUAUCCUGUGUACGAACGGAUCGUUUUGUUCCAGUACGUGAAAUAUCAUAGUGUUGGCAAAAAAAAAAAAAUUUAAAAAAAAAUCAUUCCCGAUUUGUGAAAAAACAUUGAGAAUUCAAAUGUUCGAACAAAACAAUUUUCUUAUUAUUACUAGUGUGUUGGUAAGGCUGUGUACGCAGGAGGUGAUGCCGAUAACGGUGAAAACCAUUUUAUAUUAUUUGUUUUCGUAAUUUUUAUAUUUUUCCGCGUUUACUCCGAAGACGAAAAGAAAAGAAUUUUUAUUUUUUGCCUCUCUCAGAAUACACCACAUCGUCGACCACCCGUCGUCAACGGCGCACUCCUGUCGUGCGAAAAUAGAAAAGCGACAAUAAUACGAAAGCACGAGGCAUUGAAGUUUUCGGAAAAUGCUUUUGCAAGUGUACAGAAAUUGUUUUGCAAUCUAAACAGCAGAUCAAACUUAACCUUAAAGAUUCGAAACAGACGUUUUAUGUAUUCUUUAGCCACACAUAUGCGCAGAAUAGUAAUUCACAUCAUUUUUAGUUUUAUUUGUAUACAUUUUAUACCAGUCAGAUUUUUGGAAAAUUAAAGUUUUAAUUAAAAUUAAGGACUGAAAGUCGAAAAUGUGGUCUGAUCGAUUUUGUGCACAGUUUACGCCGAAUAAUUCAAAUAUCAGUAGAGUUCGUAUCGCUUCGUCACGUCCAUGGACAGAUAAUUGGUAUAAAUUGCUAUACUGCGUAUGUGAUAUCAGAUGAAAAUAUUAUUUUUGAAUCCCCUUAAUAAUAUGUAUUAAUAUGUUAUAAUAAUAUGUACAAUAUCAUACCAGUGAUGGUGGAGCAUAUUUUAUAGAAUUUCGACUGGUUGUAAUUACUAGGGGUGCAUAACUAAUGAAGAAUAGGCCUUAAAAGUGCUCGCCCAUGUAUAGUUUUAUUCGUCAUUGUUUACGCGUUGAUAGAUAGCCAUAGCACAGAAAAAUCCAUGGACCAAUAUUGAAUUGGAAUAAAAAGACAGCGUUUUUCAGUUUUCAAUCUCAUUUAAGUUUAAAUUUCCGAAUAUGUAAAUUUUCAAUGAAUAACAAACUGGCCGUGGCACGUCCGUCUAGAAUCUGUAUCCGUGACGUCAAUCAUUCACUGUAGGAAUCAUUAAUUAUUUUCCAGGUGAUACUAGUGUCAUCUAUUUUAUGUAUGUUAAAAUAUAUUUGGAAAGGUUGCCGAACAGUUGACCGGAUUUUCAUGUCAUCUAUGUCCGGUAUUAGACUAUUUUUAGCCAGUAGACCAUGCGCAGUAUUUUACUAUUGUACGUUUACCGUUCUCCCCGUAUCGUUUUUCCUAAUAUUCUCUUCGUUGUACCAAAAUGUUUAUUUCUACUCAUCGACAAAAAAAAAAAAGCAUUUGCUACAGACAAUCUCUAAAAUAUAUUGUGCCCAUAUUAUGCUCUUCAAUGCUAUCAGACAAUGAUUUUUAUAUUGUAUCGUAUUGUAACUCAAUCGGAUAUUUUUUGUUGUGAUUAUAGUACCGGAACGGGUAUUCAAAGUCCUCGUGAGCGACGUCUACGACGACGAUGUGGACGACGACGAAAAUAACAACGAGGGUGCUGGAAGCGAUUUGGGUAACGUGAAUAGUUCCACCGUGACAACUUCUACGUCCCCGCCGGUACCAACCACCAGCAGCAGCAACAGUGCAUCGUCCACGAACAAUUUCCCGACCAAAAUCAACAUCACGUGCUACGCCGCCGGCAUGCAUCCCGAACCUUCCAUGGGCAUCUGGGUGAACGGAGUGUAAGUAUUGACCGACGCUUGUUGUACGUUUUGUUCUUUCCGAAUUUAAUAUAUUUACACAACCGUAUUGCCAUCAAAGCAUAUUGUGAUUUCUCUCCCCUCCGUUACUGAUUACAAAAGGCCAGUACGUAAUUAAAUUCCUUUGCGCUACUCCGGGUGGGGGGCGAAAACCAUUCCAUCGAUAUAAGCUCUUUUUGCAGUUAUAGCCGUUCCGAGAUCAAAAGCCUAUCAUCAUUUCGUUAAGUUUGUGCGCCAAUGGUUUCGUCGAUGAAAUUCUCUCGCGUUCGUUUGAUACGACCGUACAGCAGAGCACAUCGCAUCAUAUAAUAAUAUCAUAAAAUAUCGUUUCCGAUUUAAAUUCGAUUAUUAGCCGUGUGCAACACUAUACUUGUAUAUUAAAUUUCAGAACAAGACUGGGUUUUCGAUAUAUGCACAGGAUAAAAUGAAUUGGGUUUUUUUCGUAGAAUUGUAAAUAUUGUUACAAUGUCAAUUUUUUUUCUUAGAUUUUGAGUGGAGCUAGAAAACUAGUUCAACAAAAUUGUAAAUAGAUUUUUAAAUAUUUUCGAUUUCUUAAAACGGAGGCUCAGCGGCUCAUAGUUUUCGGAUUUUUGCGUUUCGGUUACAAAACCGACUAAAAUAUCGAAUAAGCUACGCUCGCUCAGAAUCGCUUUUGUUUAAAGCGUUGUUUUUUUUUUUUUUUUUUUAGUAUACACUAAAUAACUAUUCUUUAACUAAUGUCCUACCUUAUCAGAAUUGUUGGCCCCGGGUCCGUUAAAUGUCUUAAUACCGGCUUGUCAAUAACAGUGACCUAUCCCCGUCAUGGUGCAAUUAAACCGAACGAUUUAAUACACAACACUGGUUCAACGAGUAAUCGCACACUUUGUUGCAAAUAGCGUAUCGAAUCGAAAACGCUAUCUAUUAUAAGACUCACUUUUCGUGUGAUGAUCGCGAGUUUAUUAUAAUAUUAUUAUCUUUCCCGACAAACAAAUAAUAUACUCUACACUAUAAAAAUAGAAAACCGUUACAUUUUAAUCGGUCAGCACGGUUUUGUAGAGAAAACCGUACGUGACGUCGAGUGAUUUUUUUUGCGGUUUUUUUUUUCCAACGCCAGUGGCGUUUAUAAUAAUAUAAAUACACACAAUAAUAAUAAUAUAUUAUAUGCAUUGGUAUACAACCGUCACCCGCCAUUCAUAUAUUAGGCAGAUAGAAAAGCGAAUAGUCUUGAUGUACCGUAAAAAGUGAUCAUUAUUUAUAUAGGUUUUUUUUUUUUUUUUUUUCUAAACGGUAUGUGCAUCAAAUCAAAAUUUAAUCGCUCGGUAUGUUUAUAGAAAGUUGAUGUGAUAUAAAAAAAAAAAAAAAAAUUUGACACGCUAUUUACGAUAAUAAUAUUAUCUUAUAUGUUAUAACAUGUAUGUAUCGUUUUCUCGCGGCGUUGGCAAAAAUAGAUAUUCGUUUUCGAUAAUAUAUUUUCUAGACACCCGUAUAGGAAUCGUAAUAUGAUUUUUCGACGUGAUAUUGGGGUGUAGUUCCGAAAUUCAGCGAUGUUCAAUCAAAAUAUUAAUACACGUCGUUGCGAAACUCAUCAGUUUCAUAAUACAUUUUUAUUUUCGGACGUUGUUCCAAAAUUCAGUGUUGUCAACUAAAUAUUGUCAUCGGAUCUCAUAGCCUUCAAUUUUACCAAUUUUUCAGAUUCAUAUUAAUUUUUUUCUUUUUCAGGUUUUACUUGUUCAUUAUUGCAUUUAUUAAAAUUUAUGACAGAAAUAUGAUAGUGCCUAUUGUGUUCAAUAAUAUAUUAUAAAGAGAAUGUUGAAAUCAUACAGUUAUGCUCUAUUAUUUGACGCAAUCCAAAAAUGUUGGUAUCCAACAAUUUUCCAACAAAUCUAUUGUUUAAUUAAAUGUUGGAAAACAUGGUUAUAUUAAAAAUGAUCUAAUAAUAUCGUCGUUUAUGUGUCGACAAAUUUAAUUUAUAAAUAAAAGUAGAACAUAUUUUGAUAUAAUAUAUUGAGAUAAAUACUCAAAAAUAUUCAAAUUCACUAGUAAAUUAAUUCACUUAUUACAAAAAGCAGUGGUGUUAAGUACACAUAAACAAAAUAGUAUAUUUUAAAUUUUGUAUCGCGUUUGGUGAGUGAGUGGUUAAUACCAAGUUUUGAACUACAAGAAGAUCACCGGACAAUAAGAAUUAAUUGUUUAUAUGUUUAAAUAUUUAAAUAUUAUUAACUUAUCAUAAAACGUCUACACGGUUAUAAUACUUGUAUGUUUUGUCUUAUACCAUUAUCAAUUUACUUAUAGGUACUAUAACAUCAACAAGUUUAAAAGUUAAAAUUAACUUAACUUUUGACUUAGAUUUUAACUUUUGGUUUUUAAAUUAACUUAACUUUCAACUUAAAAAGAGGUUACACUGUCGAUAUUCAUGUGAAUACUUACUUGGAAUAACAUGCCACAAUUUAAGUCCAGAAGAAUCGGAGGCUGUAACUGAGGUUACUACUCGUAGAUGUUCCUGUACAUUAACAUUUUAGUUAACAUGUCUUGUGAGUUAUAAUAAAUUGCCACAUACACACAUACCCCUCUAAUUUAUUCAUGACGUAAAUACUUCAUAAGAUAUUUACCCACAUUAUCACUGCAAACUAAAAUAAUAAUAAAUACAGCUAAAGGUUAAUUCAGUUUUAUAAUUUAUUUUUAACUUAACUUGAUUAAUAUGAACAAAACAAUUAACUUUCAACGUGUCACAUUUUUUUUCAACUAACUCAAUUUAAACGAGUUGUUCAGUGACGUCUCUAAAACUUCUAAAGCCCGUAAUCAAAUAUUCUAGACUAACCUAAUUUGGAACCAAGAGCACAAUCUAAGUUAGUUUCCAAUUUACACUGAUUGAAGCAAAAAAAAAGUAAUAAUAAAAAAAGGCACUCAAAAUAUUGUCUUGGGUCUUGAUUUGGGGCCUCUAUAUGUCAUGGACCCGUGACCCAUUGCUUGACAUAUCACUCUAAAGAUACGUCUAGUGGCGGAUUUUCAACAUUUUUCUGGGGGGGGGGGUUUCUAAAAAUAAUAUGUAUUUUGAAAGUAUCUAUUAUUAGACACCUUUUCUUUAGAUGAUUUUUUAUUGGAAUUAUAUCGGUAUCUGGGGGGAUUCAGGUUCCUUAGACCUCUCCGUAAAUCCACCAUUGGAAUUGAUAAUAACGUUAUUCAUGAACUCGUUAAGCUUUGAUUUUUAUAAAUAAUAUUCAAUUUUUUUCUAUUUAUUUCAUGAUAUUGGUUUGUUGUUAACUCUAAAUCUCUUUCGGAAUUGCUUUUCGUUUGUUUUACGCAUUUAGACAAAUAAAAUAAAAUCAACUACUGUAUAUUCGGCACCUAUUGAUUUCAAAAUAUACCCACCAUCAGCUCUAUACAACGGAUUAUCGCAUAGUCGUGUAUAGUGUCAAACGCUGCAGUAAAACAAACACUAGAUGAUAAUACGUUAAGUUAACACCAGCGCACAGAUAAUAUUAUAAUAAUAACAGUAAUGUUAUUAUCGACAACAACCAUCGUCAUCGCUUACGUAAUAUUACACGAGCCCCUAAUAUUAUUAUAAUAAUAUCGUCGGGUAAUCCGUAGUGUGGAAUAUUAUCAAUAAAGUAGGUACACCGUACACCACACACUACACCCGGGUUCCGCGAUAAAGGAAACGAUAAUAAACGCUAAACAAUCUCAUAUACGCAUAGGUAUCGUUACACAAUACGCACUUAGCCAAACGAUAUUAUAAUAAUGCAAACACCCUUUAUACACAUUAUGCCUACGAGUAUGUGCCCGUAUAAUUAUAAUCGAUAACACGACCGCCCGCGUUCGGGUGGCUUAGAUAUCGGAUAUUCGUCAGCCGGAGAAUUAUUAUUGUUAUAGGUACGUUUGACUCGCAAAAAAGUAUAUUAUCAUGGGAGAAAUAAAGAAUGAUAAAAAAACGUUAUUACAGUAUACCUGUAUGUUUACUUUGUAAUCGUGUAGGCACGCGAAGAGACGACGAAAUCCAAAUUUCCCUCUUCUCCUCCCUUCCACGCGUUGUUGAUCACGUGCACCUAAGUGCAUACCCAUAAUUAUUUACGUAACGGUCUGCCGGCUUUUCAUUUUGUGUCGUCCAAAAAAUAAUAAUGUACAAUUUUUUCUUUCAAUAUUUGAUUUAAUCUAUGGCUAUUGAAAAAAAUUAAUAGGUAUACAUUGAUAGUUUACCAAUACUUAGUUUGAAUUUCAAUUUGCAUCUAUGGUCACUUAGAAACUUAUAGCUUUUUUAUUUAUUAUUUUUAUAAUAAUUUUAUAUACCUUUAUAUUUAGGUCCAAAUGGUAUAAGCGAAUGUAUAAUCUAACGUAUUUUACCAUUGGUCAUCUACGCUACCAAAGUCUUUUGAAACAUAAAAAUCACUUAUAGUAAAUCAAUUACUGAAGAAGAACAAAACAAGUCAUAUGACUUGUUAUUAAAGCAUACAAUUACAUCUAUUUAUGAAUAAAAUAAAAAUGAGUGGCGAUAGCAGGGAUACUGACUAUAUUAUAGGUUAUAUUGACUUGUGGGAUCAUUUUUCAUAUUAUUUAGUCAAACAUCAUCUGAUAAAUGAAAAUGGUAAAGGAAUAAAAGAAAAUUAAUUUGUCUUGUUUUCCACGGAAAUCAAUGUGUUUGGAGUUUUAAUCAUAAAUAAUACGAUUUAAUACCAGUAUUUAAAGAAUAGGUACUAAUAUUUUGUAUUUGGAGUGUCUAAGUUUCGAAUGAGUCAAAAAGUAUUCAGAAUACACAUUCGAAUAUAAGUUUAAAAAAAAAAACAUUUAAUAUACUUUUCGAAUAUUUUAGAUUCUGCGAAGAAUGUAUAUUGGUUUUACCAUGUAUUUUUUUCUAUUAAUAUAUUUAAUGUCGAAAACCUUGCUUCAAUCGAUAACUUUAUAGGAACUUUCUUGUAGAAUUUUCAAUUUAGUUGGUAGCGUGUGGAGAAUGUCAUUUUUUGAUUUUCUUUGUAGUUUUCUUAUCACAUAACACAAACGUAUUUAGAAUAUAAUGUGUUUGAAUAUAUAUUUCUUUUAAGUAUUUAGAAUAGUAUUCAAGUAUAAAAAAAGUAUUGGAAUAUUUUACAAAACGUUAUUUGUGAUAUUUAUUUUUUCGUGGGGUAAAUGGUGUAACAGCGCAGUCCACUAGUUAAAUAGGUUUAUAUGAUAUAAACGCACCAAACAAUGCGUACAUACAUCGAAUUUCCGUUCCGUUUAUUAAUAAAAUUCCCGUUUUAACAUAUUAUAGGUAUCGUUGUUUAUACAAAAAAAAAAAAAAAACAAGUAAAAAAAAAAAUCCAAAUUGCCAAUAUUUCUACCGAAACCAAUUUAAAAUUAUACUUGUAAAACUAUACAUAUAACUUUACCAUACAUACAUCAUUAACGUAUUAUAUUCUGGAAUGAAAAUGUCGUCUGAGUAAAAACCACAGUAAUUAUACCUAUGCGAAUAAUUAUGUAUAUAAGUCAACCGUUUAUUAGUUUUUUAAAGGUUUUUUUUUUCUUUUUUGGCAUAGGGAUUAUUAAUGUAUGUUACCUAGUAGAUUUUUCGAUUUGAUAAUAUUGCGUACGACACAUAUUGUAUAGAGCGUUUCUUGAACGAUUUAAGAAAAUAAACGCAAUCAUACCCAUUACCCACAUAAAAUACCGUUAUUUUAUUGAUUUCGUUUUUAAUGGCAAAUAUUGAAAAAAUGUAUUAUAUUAGUUAUAAAUUAUAUUCAACGAAAUAUUAUCAUUUUAGUAGUACCGGAACCGCAAAAUUAUACAUUUAGCAUAAUUUAGAAGCAGAUUAGCAUUUAGAUGAAGAUCUGAUACCCUUUUUGGGGGCAAGGGUAACAUAAUCUUCUCAUUCUUAAAUUGCCGGCCGUAAUAAUGAAAGUGUCCAAUAAUUCUAGGGGUCUACGGAUGAUUUUGGAGGGGUUUGAUCUAUCUAUCCCACUCCAAUCGCCGUUUGUAUAAUAUUCGCAUCCGCCAUUUUAAUACGACCAAUGUAAAAUAAAAAUGUUGGUCAUUUUUAUAUUUAAUGUUUUUACCUAUAUAAUAAUAAUAUUAAAACACACUAAAAAACCGGUGUAGUUUUUAACGAACGCCAAUUAUUAAAAAUUCGGGGAACUAUUUAACAGUUUUAAUGAAAUCAUUAUUUCGAAUUUCAAACGUCAACUAAGUUGUAUUAUUAUUAUUAUUAUUCUUAUUAUUCUUAUUACAUUUAACGGAGUUCAAAACAUUUCCUUAAAUAAUUAAAACGUUUGGUUGAUAUUAUAUACGCACCGCUUAUUUCAAAUACCAUAUUAUCGUUAUAUUUAAAUAAACGAUUAUAACUAUACAAACUUCAACUUAUGUAUUCAAGUUGGAUAUUAUUUAUUUUACGCGAAUCCAAAUAACAGAGUAGGGCUGUACACUAUACACAGUUUCGAAUAGAUUAAAAUGCGGGCAAACAAUAAUCGAGUAAAUAUUAUAAACAGUCGACGAAUAUAAAUAUUCAUUAUUCUUUCAAAAAUAUUUCCGCCCGUAUUGGGGAUACAAAAAGAGCAGAUACGCCGGGGAUGGGUGUGCCAAAAAGAUUCUGAACAUAGAAUUUGGUUAUACUUAGAUAUUUUCAAGUGCUAUAAUACACAUAAUAUAGUACACCCUUUUAAAAAUAAAGAAAACUAUUCCAUCACUUAUAUUUCUAUUCGGCCAAACAAUUUUCUCUAUAUCAAACAAAAAAAAAAAAAAAAAAAGGCAAAAAUGUCAAAUGCCUAUAAAUAUUAUGUUGAAAAUCGCCAGAAUAUUUUUACGUAAAAUCUAAACGAAGUAAAAUGUUACUCCGUUUAGACACUAUUGAAAUAUUGUUAGUUACUUUAUUAUUAAGACAACUUCAUCACAAAUUUAAAAAAAUUACUUUCUUACACACAAACUAAACAAAUUUUAUCAUAAAACUUAUUUUCUAAUUUCUAAUUGUGCUUUCUAUUUUUCGAUACAAAUAUUUUUUAUUAAUUAAGACGUAUUGAUGUAUUACGUAUACGUAUUUGACAAUGAGGAGAAAACCGAUCACGAUUUAAAAUGAUACGAUUGCCUGACGAACUAUAAUAAGGUAAUUAAAUGUGUCGUGUUUACAGAUAUAUAAAUAAAUAAAUAAUAUGGCUGGUAAAACGAAAUUCUCCCGGACCGGUCAAAACUCAGAAUCCGCCACUGAUGUUUACCCGUUUUUCCUAUAUAUCGUUUUCUCGGUUUUCCUGUUAUUAUUAUGAAAACUGAUUAGAAAAUCAUAAAAUAACCUCCUCAAGGAAACUUGUUAUUCUUUUGAUUUAAUCAAGAUUUCUGGUAGAAAAGUUGUAAGCAAAAACGAAGAAAAUAAACUUACAUCAUAGUAAAACUAAUAUACGAAAAAAAAAAAAUGUUAAUCUUAUUGAUUGGUAUAAUACAUACACCCAUUCAUAAGUUUUAUAUUGACAAAACUACGAUUUUUCCAUCGAAUUUAAUUUACCUUAUUUAUCUAACUUAAUCUAUCGUAUUUGUUGUUUGUCAUGUGCAGAGAGCAGCAAUUCGUGUCCGUGUUAGUUUUAGAGGACGAUGGCGAUGACGACGAGACCAACGACGAAGAAGUGAAAAACGUGACGACCACAACGACCACUACCACUCCCAGGCCCAGGGUGCACCAUUGGAACCGUUACAGGAGCUAUCGAGAAGGCGAGGUGUUCAGAAAUUAUUCGAUCCGCGCCAGCAAGGUGGUGUCGCUGAAGGAUGUGGAACAGUACGGACUCGACGAAAACAAUCGGACCACCGAGAGACCGGCGGAUUACCGUCCAUACACGAUCGACGUGGAGUGCCGUUUGAAAAUGCCCGGAGACGAUACCGCUGACGGCUUUUGGAAAUCCGGCCGACCCGACAACCUGUACUAUUCCGUCCGCAAGUCAGUGGCGUACAAGUACCGCGCCGACCCGCCGCCGCCGCCGCCUGACGCGUUCACGUCCGUGUCGUCGGCCUCCUCUGUGGCCGACGCAGACGACGUCAUCAACAACGGCAAGGACGCCGCGGUCUCUCGUGGCAGCAACGCCGGCAGCGGUCCUCAGCCCGCCGGCAUCCACUUCAUUCAGUCGAUGAUCGUGGCCGGCGUGGCCGCGGCCGCCCGACAAUAGACGCCGCACCCAAGUCAAACGUAGUCGUAUACUUUAACAAUAAACACUCGUCAUUACCCAACCCCCUCCCUUCAGAUCGCCACCCCGUAGCCGGUCAUAACACUUUAUAACAAAAGCAACAUAAAUAUUCUCGCGGGAAUCAUCACGACACCGUCGCGGUCCGCGCGCGAAUGUUAGAAACGCAAAAUUAUCCGAAAUAGCGACUAAAGCGUGGUUUAAGAAAAAAAAAAAAAAAGAAAAGCAAACUAAAGUUUCGGUUAAUUUAAAAAUAUUAUUCUUUGAUAGCUUCACAGAGGCGAAUACAGGUCGGAUCCGGUCAAAUGACUUCCGGAAUCGUACGUCACUCGCAUAUACGCAAGUCGCGGCGAACGUCGUUCGGAAUACGAUAAAUAAUAUGUUUCGAACGCACGUUUAUGUAAACUAAUGUUACGACCCGAACGCAAUUCAAAUGCACAAACAAAAACAAACACCCAAAGUGCAAAAGAAUAAUAAAACGCGCAAACAACAAUAAAUUUUUAUACGUAAAUUACGUACAGUGUGUUUUAACCGAACAAAGUCUCGUUGAAAUACUUAAAAUAAAAACUGAAAAUAAAAUUCGCUCUCUCGACCUAUUUUAAAAACCAUGCAAUUCGCGAUUUCGAAUACCAACGCCAGUUUCUAAAAUGUCUUCGUAUGUCAAAACUAUACAUCACAUAUCUACAUAUAAACUUCUGGUAUUUCAGAAAAUCACAACCGUUCCGUACCAAAGACCGCGCAAUUUCAAAUAACCCAGAUUCCCCACCCCCACCCCCACCCCCAUAAAAAAAUAAAUAACGCACAAUUUAAUAUACUACGUAUUUUUAUCGCUUUUCACCCUCUGAUUGCGGUAAUAAUUAAAAAUAAUAAUAAUAAUAAUACGAUUUAUACCUAUUAUUAUUAGACAUAUAUUAUCAUACCUAAUUAAACUAAUAUCAUACUAUAUGAUUACUAUUAUUCUUAUCGUAGUCAAUAAUAUUUUUUUUCGGUUCGAAAACCAAUCCGAGUCAAGAUCAAAAAUGGCAACCGUGUGCAGUGUAAGCGUCCGCAGUAAAUAGUCGCGCAUCUCCUCCGUUGGACAUUUUCGUAUACAGUUACACAGACGAUGUUUUUUUUAUUUUUUUUUAUAUGUAUAAUUUUAUAAUCCUAAUAGCAUAGUUUGUAAUCCUACGUACACCCACACACGAAAUUACUCGUUUUCAGUUAUGAUCGUAUUUCAAUCGCACACAUUAUUAAAUUUAUAAUUAGGGCUAGACCGAAACCAUUUUUGAAAACCCAAUUUAUGAAUACUUUUUUCAGAGGCCUAAUAAACAUUUGUCUCUGAAAAUAUUGCGGAAAAAAACCGAUUACUGCUGACAUCAAGUAUCGGUUUAUGUGCCGGCCCUACUUAUAAUAUAAUAAUAAUGUUACGAAAAUCGCAAUUUCCCGUUUCACAACCAUCAUCUUUUCGAAUACUAUAUUAAUCCGGACAACUUUAAAUUAACUAAAUAUAGGUAUACUUUAUUAAUUAUUAUUACUAUAAUACUAAGGACAAAGUAUGAUCAUCGUAAAUACUUUUAAUAAUAUAAUAUACAUAACGGUUUGUUACAAAACGUUGGCAUUCUGCGAUGUCUUAUUACAUUUAGCGACUCGUGACGCAGCGUUUGCACGCAAACACUGCGUUGAUAUUAUAUUCUAAUUACCUGUGUAAAUAUUCUAGUAGUAGUUAUUAUUACGGUCAUUAUUUAUUAACACUACUACCACUGUUAUCACACGUUUCUAGUCUAAAUACAUUGUAGUUUAAUGAAUGAAAAUUAAAAUUAAAACACUGUAGCGUUUAAUUCUCUGCACGAGGCAUAAAUAUUAUUAUAUUAGGUAGGCUGCGAUUAUCAUUUUCUCGUUGGUUAUAUAAAAAAAAAAAAAACAAAUAAAACAAUAAUAAUAUACUAUAUUGUACAAUAGAUACAUGAAACAACUAUAGACGGUCGCCUGCAAUAGGAUAAGAGCAUGAAGUCGGACAGCCGUACACCGAGAGGGCAAAUUAUUUCGAUUACGAGCCCGCGUAGUAUUACUGUGUUAACAUUGUUUAUGCCAUGAAAUAUUCGUUUAUGCUAUGAAUAUUGUGUGCGACGAUAUACACACAAUAUAGCAAUAAUUCUUUAUGAAUUUCGCAUGAUUUUGUUCAUAUUAUCGCACGAACAUUUUCUCGCAAAUAAUACCGGGGGAAAAUCAAUAAAAUUUUACCUCUUGGUAUACAGCUGCGAAGCUCCGGAUUUACCUAUAGGUCAGUAUACUGAUCAUCCAGAAUCGAUAAUCUAGCUAUAGUUGUUUCAUAUAUCUGUGAAUACUAUUAUACCGUGAAUAAUUGCGUAUACUGCCCUUGUAGUGGCAAGUGCAGUAAUUAUUUUCAAUUUUUUUGAUAUAUCUGAUAGUAAAAAUGUACGUGUAUCAAGUUGUGUGGCUGUAAUACAUGUAAGAACCACACGUACACUUUUAUUUUAUUUUCAAACCGGUUAAUUUCACAAUAAAAUAAUUAUUUUUAAUGUUUUACUGCACUUUUAUCUCGUAAUUAUUAUAAAAAAUAUAUUCACGUAUGAAAAAUUUCACUUUAACCAAUGCAGUAUACACAAAAUGUUGCAUAUAUUAAUAUGCAGAUACGAUAUUUUAAAAUCGACUUUUUAGAUACCUAUCAAAUUACUUUUUUACUGCUCUUUACCUCAGUAACAAAAGACGCAAAAUAUGAAAAUUAUUAAUACCACAACAAUAAAAUCUCUCUAUUGACAAUUUGGUAGUUAGAGCACUUGCCACUGCGAGGGCAGCUUACGCACGACGGUAUAGAAACGAGAAAAAACCGUAACAAAUCCACAAAAAACACAUCGCGGUUGUUGUAUUUUUUUUUUUUUUUUUAUUCAUUAUUAUAUUAUUAUUAUCAUUAGCAUAUAGGUACGUAAUACUAGUAUUAAUUAUAUUUAUUAUCAUUACUAUUAUCAUUAUAUUGGGAUUUUUCAAGAUAUUCGUCUCGAGGCAUAAUAAUAUUAUAUUAUACAUAAUUACAUUAAUAAUCGUUUGUUUAUUGUUAUACUCAUACUAUAUAACUAUAAUAUUAUCAUAUUAUUAUUAUUAUUAUUAAAUAUUAUUAUCAUUAUCAUUAUAUUACUCAUUACUACUACCUACAAUAAUUAUUAAUAUUACGACAUAUUUGUUUAUUAAUCAAUAAUUAUUAUACGCGAAUUUUCGCCCGUUUCUAAUCAAAUGGAAAUUAUUAGGCUAGGCAUACCAAAGAUACAUUUUAAAAAAUAUCAUAGUAUUAAAUAAAAUUAUAAACGAAAACACUAUUUUCAGCUGGUAAUCAUAACACAUAACAUAUUAUACUAUAAUCCAGGAAAAUAUACUAUACUUAUAUACAUUACAAACUCUGAUAUUGAGUUCAUUAGAACCCAAUACAAAUUUUUUAGUCUUAUUUAAUACUUAUAUUAUACGUCUUAUAAUACAUAACAACAUAUAUUACACAAUUAUUAUUAUAUUAUAAUACUAUCGAUAUUCAAUAUUGCAUUAUAUGUGUGUUUUUAUUACUAUACUUUUUUUUUUUUAUUAUCAAUCUAAUGUUUUCUCUUGAUGUGAAGCGAUUAAUUAAAAUAUUACUCAUUAUUAUUGUAUAUAACAUACAAUAAUUUAUUAUCUAUUUACUCCAAUGAUUAAAUUAUAAUCAUAUUAUAAGCAUUACUAUAUUAUACCAUAAUACAUACUAUUAUACUAUUAUUAUAAUCGAUUUUUGUCAAACAUUAAUAUGAUUUUUCGAAUAAAUAGUAUCUUAUACUCAAGCUU